AACCAACAUAAAGAAUUAACUAUUAAAGUACAGAAACGUGAAGAAACAGAAUUUCGGUUGAAUGAACUGAGCAUGUGGUUAAGUCAAAGGAUUCACCGUUCGCUCGUGGAAUAUGGAAAGUAUGGCACAACAGUCGAACAAGUAGCAGAUUUUGAAGAUGUACAUCGGCGUCUUCAACGUGAGCUGCAAUCUAGAGAACCUAAGUUAGAAGAAUUAAGAAUUGCGAUUAGUCGACUAUCCCCACCUGCUGGUAGAUCGAGCUCACAGGAUCGUUUAAAUGAACUGUCAUCUUGUUGGACACGUUAUAGGCAAAUGAUUCAAUUACGAUUGGAAUUAGCUACUCAAUUCUCUUCUUUACUAAAGGGUAUACGUGAGAGUGAUGCUCAUUUUAAUUCGACAAUUCAAAAAAUGAAUGAAACUGAUAAAAUAAAAUUAACAACAACUAAUUUAGAUUUUCAUCCAAGUUGGGUAAUUGGUACUGCCGAUACACAACAAAUAGCUGAACGAAUUCGACGUGAAUUAAAUAUGACUACAAGUAGUUUAGAAGAAGAACAAAUAAUCAUUCGUCAAUUUAUCAAUCACAUUACUCAAAGAGCUGAUCAAGAUUUGCAAAUAACUGAAACAGUUCAUUUUUGUCAAGUUCAAUUAGAACUAAAUAAUAAACGUUUGAAUCAAUUACGUGAUUCUUGGGAUAACUGUCAAGAAUUAUGGGAUCAAUAUAAACUUGCUCAAGAACAAUGGACUAUAUUUACAGAAACAGCUCGUCGUUUGGAUGAAUCGAUAACAUCAUCACUUUCACGUAUGUCCAGAACACCAUUGCCGAAUCAACCACAUGAACUUGCAGAAGCUUUAAGGGUUCAUCAUAAUGAACGCAAUGAAAUUGAUCAUUUAACAUUGAAUUUAAAAACAGAAGCUCAACAAUUAGGCUCCAUGAUUGGUGCACAACCGGAUGAUCAUGACUAUAAUAGUCAAAGUUGGAGAUUUAUUGAAGUUCCGAAUAAAUUCACUUCUGGUCUACCAUUAUCAACUAUGGGAAGACGUUUACGUUCAGAAAUGUGUUUACAAUUAGCUGGUUUAGAAACAAGGUGGAACGCAUGGGAUAAAGCAUGGACAUCAAGAAGUAUACAACUGGAACGACGUGGUACACAUUUUGGACAGUUAACAACUAUUGAGGAGAUAGAAGCAGAAAUUAUUUCAGCUGAAAGAAAAUUACAACAGAUUAUGGGAAUGGUUUCAUUAACUGCACCAUUAUCACAAGUUCAAAUUGCUGAUAGAGAUCUUAGUCAAAUUGAGGCUACGAUACCAGUUUUACACAGUCGAAUACGUUCUAGUGCGCCUGAUAUGAAAUUACAGUUAAUUCAAGGUGAACCAUCACCAACGGAAUAUACUGGAACAAAUAUUGAUUUGUUAAAUGUUUCAAAACGUCAUGAACAUCUUGAAACACGUUUAACAACAUUCACACAAGAAACUGUACGAUGUCGUACUGAAAUUAAUUUAACUCUACGCUUAUUAAAUGCAGUAGAUACAGCACAGAAAGCCUUAUCACAGAUAACAUUUAAUUUAGAUCGUGUUAAAAAUCAACUACCAGAAAUUUCUUCAGAAAAUCGUUAUCAGAUUGAAGAGAUACGUUUUGAUAUAUCAGAACAAAUUAAUAGAGGACGAGUGCUAGCUGAUACACAUAUACCAGUCUUGGAACAAUUAUCUAUUCAAUAUCCACGCCCUAUGGAAGCAAAACAAUUUAUCCAACCUAUUGUAAAUGAGUUUCAAUCAUCUAUUAAUAAUUUAAAUCAAUUAUCAGAUGAAGUUCGUAUAAGAACAGAACAAUCUAUUAAUUUACAACGUUUACAACCUACACAUGUAUAUGAUGAUCAAAUGAAAGCCACUACACUUACAAUGCCAAUAAAAGCUAAACCACCAACAAUUAUUAAACCAUUAGAAAAUAUAACUACAGAAGAAGGUAAAAAAAUCAUUAUGGAAACAAUAUUUGAUUCUGGUCUUCCGCCAGACGCUAACCCGUAUGAUACUAAUCAAUUACAAGUAACUUGGUACAAAGAUGGAAUACCUGUAGUUACUCCAGACUAUGAAGUUAAUUUAACAGAGAACACAGCAAGUUUGAAAAUAUCUGAAACUUUAAAUGAAGAUAAUGCUAUAUUCACAUGUUAUAUUAGUACACCAUAUGGUAAAGCUGAGACAAAAUGUACAUUAACAAUAAUAGAUACAAUUAGUCCAGUACCAGUCAAUGAAAGUUUAGUUCAACCUACUAGGAAUGUAAGAGAACAAAAACCUAUUCCUGAACUUGGUGAUCCGCCUGAGUUUAUCAAACAUCUUAAAUCCAUGUGUAUAGAUGAAACUAGUGAAUUGGUUUUAGAUUGUCAAGCAGUUGGUUUACCUGUACCAAUUUUAUCAUGGUAUAGAAAUGGUCAAUUAAUUGAUCAAAAUCCUGAUUUUAAAAUUACUCAAUUAGCUGGAUCAGGAAUAUUGAGGAUUCCACAAUGUCGAAUAAUGAAUCAUUCUGGAUUAUAUUUAUGUCGUGCUACUAAUCCUUAUGGUGAAUGUUCAACCACUUGUCAAGUGGAUAUAAAUCCAGCUAAGCCACCAAUAAUUAUUCAACCAUUACAAAAUGUUAAUCUUAAAGUUGGUGAUAGAUGUAAAUUAACUGUUCAGUAUAAGAGUGAACUUCCAGUUGAGGUAGAUUGGUAUCAUAAUGAUUUGCCAAUUCAAGGAGAAGUGGGUCGUCGACGUAUUACAAUGGAAUUAAAUAAUAUGAUCAGUUUACAUCUUCUUAUGGUUUCUGAUUUAGAAGACGGAAAGUAUACUUGUACAGUUCGUAAUGCAGCAGGCUCAGCUACUACAUAUUGUAAUGUUACUGUUCAACCAACAGAUACAAGAGAAUCUUUAUUACCGUCACAAGUGACACUACGACCAACAGCUCCACGUCGUAGAAGGGAUUUACAGUCUGAUUCAGAUGAAGUAUUUGAACCAGUUAAAAUACCACGAAUAGUUCAAUCACCUAUCGGAGUCACAGAAGAACAAGUGAUUCCAGUUAGUGCAGUUAAAGGAGCCUAUCCAAAAUAUACUCAAAGAGCUGUUUCAGUACCACCUACAACAACAGCCUCUGUACCUUUAAGAAUACAAAAAAAUGCCACGGGAGGACGUCCAGUAUCAGAUUAUGGCAGACCCCACAGUUUAUUCUACCACUGCAAAAUUCUGGAGUGAAUGAAGCGGAAAAAAUCAAAUUAGAAUGUCAAAUUACUGGGAUUCCUGCACCACAGGUUACUUGGCUUAAAAAUGGUAUCCCAUUAGCUAGAUCUAAUUCAUAUGUAACUAAAGAGAUUGGACAAUAUCACUGUCUAAUCUUUUAUGAUGUAUUUCUUGAUGAUCAAGGUGAAUAUACAUGUGUAGCUGAAAAUCCUUAUGGAAGAGCAUUUAGUUCAUGUAGAAUGGAUGUUGAACCGAUUUGUGAAGAUGAACAACCAACUGAUAGUGAACCGACGUUAGUAAAACCAUUACCGCCAAGUUUAUCUGUUGUAGAAGGUGGAUCAGUUGAAUUAACAUGUCAAUUCACUGGAAGGCCAAUACCUUCCAUAGUAUGGCUUAAAGAUGGUAAACAACCACAAUCUUCAAUUAAUUUUCAGACAUUUCAAGAUUCUGGUUUUGCACGUCUUUAUAUACCAAAAGUUGAAAAAGAUAAAACUGGUCUAUAUGAAGCUGUAGCAACAAAUCCAUUAGGUAGUUGUUCUACUACUGUAUAUAUGGAAAUACUUCCAUCUAUACGAACAUCUAUUGAUUUAUUGCCAACAAUUUCACCAGUGAUGAGUGGAAGUUCACCGGAAUUUACGCGAAUAUUUAAAGAUGUUUAUAUUGAAUCAGAACGUUUAGAAGAAGUGGUACUUGAAUGUUCAGUAGUUGGUGUUCCAACACCAAUAGUGUAUUGGACACAUAAUGGAAUAAUUAUCAGACCAGAUGAUCAACGUUAUACUGUUGGCCAAGGACCUGGUCCAAAUGAUCAUUGUUUAAUUAUCCGACGACCAGGACCAGAAUCAGCAGGUCGUUAUCAAGCUAUAGCUGAAAAUCUCCAUGGAAGAGUUACUUGUUCAGCAUUUAUAAGUCCUAUUGGUUAUAGUCAAACAAUAAUUAAAAGACCUCCAUCUACGAUGAGUUUAACAAGGCAUACAGUUACACGACAAAUAUGUCCACGUGAAACAUCAUUACCUCCAUCACCAGCAAGUACUGCUCCAAUCAUUUCACCACAAUCAUUUGCUACAGUUCAAUUACCUUUAUCACCAGUACGAUUUCAAAGAGAAACAUCAGCUCCACCAUCACAAUACUAUUUGACAAGACAUCAUUUACAAAUAAGACCAAGACAGCCAACACCACCAAUUCAACUCACCUUUGCAUUACCACGCAAAGAACAAUCAUUAAGUCGAACAGAGAUAAUACGACCUAUUGAUAGUCAAUUAAAAUUACAAGGCCAAGUAAAACAUUAUAGUAGUACACAACAUUUAUAUAAAAAACAAAUUACACCAAUUGUACCAAACAUUGAAACACGUUAUUCACGACGUGUUGCUAGUCAACCACGUCUUUCACCAGGUUAUUCAUCAGAAGAAGAACAUGAACAUAGUAUGUCCGUCGUACCAAUGGUACGUCAUUAUAAAACACGUAUGGAAAGAAAUCUAGUAAGUAGACCAUAUAUCAUGUCUGGUUAUAGUUCAGUAAAAGAACAUAAACGUACAUUACAUAUUACACCAAUGAGACGUGAAUAUCAAACAUCAUUAGAACAUAAUUUACCAGCUAGGCCGAUAUUAGAAAAAGGUUAUGCAGCCGAAGAAGGACGUGAAUAUGAAAUGAAUGUUGUACCUAUUGUACCUCACACUGAUUAUAAAACUGAAUUAACAACUGAUAUUUAUAGUAAACCAGAGCUGACACCAGGCUAUACUACAGAAACUGAACAUAUUCGAUCAUUUGAAAUUACUCCAAUGGUACCGGAAUAUCAUACAAAAAUGGAACGAAAAAUAGCAAGUCAUCCCAUACUUGAAGCUGGUUAUUCAUCAGAAGAAGAACAUGAACACAAAUUGGAUAUUAUUCCCAUGACUACUUCAUAUAAAACUGAACUGAACACUGACGUAUCCUCUAAACCAGAAUUGAUGCCUGGAUAUGCUGUUGAAACUAAACAUCCUAUCAAACUUGAAGUCACACCAAUAGUUCCAGAAUAUCGUACUGAAUUAGAUACAAAAGUUGCUAGUCAUCCACAUUUAGAGGAAGGUUAUACAUCGGAAGGUGAACAUGAGCAUCAAAUGGAACUGAUACCGUUAGUACCUGAAUACAAAACACAACUGUCAACAGAUUUAUCAGCAAAGACUGAAGUGAUUAGUGGUUAUGAAAGUCGAUUACAUUAUGAAAAAACUUAUCUUAUGGAAACUCAAUUAAAACAAUAUGAAACUGCUAUUUCAACUCAUCUACCAAGUAGGCCAUCUUUAACAUCAAUAUUUGAGUCGACUUUUGAACAUGAAACAAAUAUGAAUGUCGUUCCAGUUGUACCGCAGAUUGAACAUCAUAAAAGUCAAUGGAUUGCGGAUUUCUACGCUAGAUACCGUCCAGUAGAUGUAAUUGUUGAAGUACCUAUUCCACCAGAAUUUGUAAAACCUCUAGCAAAUGUUGUAGCUGAUGAAGGAGCAUGUGUUGUUAUAGAAGGUCUUGUCAAUGGAACACCACAACCCAAAAUAUCAUGGUAUCGUUCCGGACGUCAAUUAUCUGAUGGUCCUGAUUUCCGUUUAGAUUAUACAAAUAAUCGUGUACGAUUAACACUCAGUGAAGCAUUUCCUGACGAUGCAGGUGAAUAUACUUGUGAAGCUGAAAAUAUUGCAGGUCGUGCACAAAGUACUGCAAAUUUAAUAGUACGUGGUCGUUUAAUGACGCCAAGAUUUAUUAAAGGACUUGAAAAUCAAAUAAUAUAUGAGAGAGAAUCAGUUCGAUUAAUUGUUAAAGUAGAUGGACAUCCACCACCAACAGUUACAUGGACUCGUGAUGGUCAUGAAAUUACAAGUUCUCCAAACUAUUUACUUGAAUGUGAAGGUAAUGGUAUUUAUGCACUCAAUAUACCUGAAGCAUUCUUUGAAAAUUCUGGUCGUUAUGCUGUAAUUGCUGAGAAUCCAGCUGGAAAAUGUAUUUCUUCUGGUUUGUUAACUGUUUUAGAACCAGAAAGACCUUAUCCUCGUGAAUUAGAUAAGUUAUGUCUAAGCCAGUUGACAGUGCAAGUAGAAGGUCUAAAACAAGUUCAAAUACCAUCUCCAGAACCUCGACCGUACCCAGAGAAGCCAUAUUUCACAAAAACCUUCAGUCCAGAAAUAGAAUUAUAUGAGGGCGAACGAUUAAUUUUAACAGCUGAAGCUUGUGGCAAUCCAAUACCAUUCAUUAAAUGGUAUCUAAAUGGACAACCUUUAGUUGAUAGCCCAGAUCAUCAACAAACUCAAGUUGGACCACCAGUGUCUGAUGUGAAUGAAUUACAGCCUCAUCCAGUAAUCAUGACAGGACAUUUAAUUAUGAAUGAACUAUUCCCAGAAGAUUCUGGUCUUUACACAUGUAUAGCAGAAAAUAUAGCGGGUCAAGCAGAAGUUAUGUCUAAUAUAAGCGUUAUAACGAAAACUAUAAGCGAUACAAAAAAGCCAACUGUUCAACCGCCGGAGUUUAUUAAAUUCCCAGAAUCUCCAAUAAGAGUUCAACCUGAUCAAGAAUUGAUAUUAGAAGUAGAAGUUAAAGGUUUGCCAUUGAAUUCAUUGAAUUGGUAUCAUAAUGGCAUGAUUGUAUAUAGUAAUCCGAAUCAACUCAUUCAAAAUAUACCAAAUACAGGGAUUACAAGAUUAAUUGUUCAACAAAUUCAACCAGAUGAUCAAGGAGAAUGGUUAGUGACAGCUACAAAUCCAGCUGGUUCAUGUUCAAAAUGUCUUCAAAUAAUUUGUGAAGAACCUAUAUCUGUUCUACCACAGCCAGUUGUUCAUACUGAAUAUGAAUUGAAAUUAAGUCACCCAUCAAUGGAUAUCACUGAUUUAUCGCAUACAUAUCAACAACAAACAAUAUUUAUACAACCAGAAAUGAUUCCACCAAAUUUCAUUGAACGAUUUCCUAGUGAACUUAAAAUAAAUGAAAAGAUCCCAUUACAUAUACAUGGCAGAGUUUAUGGUCAGCCCAAACCAAGCGUACAAUGGCUUAAAAAUGGGAAACCAUUGUACUCAGAUGAAAGGAUACAUUAUCAUGUAUUGGACAAUGGUGAAGUGGGAUUGGAAAUUACAGAACCAACUGAAGCUGAUUCUGGGAUUUAUGUAGCAUCAGCGAAAAAUCCUGCUGGAGAAGAUCAUUGUAUUGUUAACCUAUCCGUUGUACCGCUGUCAAGCGUUGCUCCAACUGGUCAACCACCAGUAUUCUGUCGAGGUCCUCUCCCUUGGUCUCCGACAGAAGCUGGUCCGAUAAUCACCUGUCCUGGUGUUUUAAACCUACAAGAAGGUCAGCUUGUUCGCUUAGAAGCUGAAGUAAUCGGGAAACCAGUCCCAACAGUAUCAUGGUUUAUUAAUGGUCGUCCGAUUACCAUGGAUAAAACGCACAAGAUCGUCCCCAUGCGUGCAAACGUAUGUUCACUAAUUCUAGAUACACCCGUACCUAAUAUUGAUUCUGGUGUCUGUAGUUGUAUUGCUACUAAUCAAUUUGGUCAAGCGGAACUUCGAUUUAAUAUACAUGUCGAAGGUAAACCACAAACAAUUUUACAGGCUCCUCGGUUCAUACAAAAACCACCUACUCAACUAACAGCAACCCUUAAUGAAGAAGUUACAUUGCAUGCGGUUGCAGAAGGAAUACCACAACCAGUACUAUCAUGGCAUAAAGAUGGAAAGUUAUUCACUGGAACAUCAGAUGGUCGUAUUCAAAUUUCAAUAAAUGAACUAGAGACAACACUUCAUUUUGCAGCUUUACAAUCUGAAGAUUUAUGUACAUGGCAGUGUUUAGCAGCAAAUAUAGCUGGAACUGCUUCAGCAAGAACAAAAAUUUUAGCACCAAUUGAAGAGAAACCUAAAGAAAUAAUUCGAAAGUUUAGUAUACCAAAGAAACAACCAGAAGGGCUACAAGAAAUAACCUCCCCUUAUCCAAUAAUAAUGUCACCACCUCAGUCAGUAUGUAUAAAUGAAGGUGAAAAUGCUCGUUUUACAGCUCAUGUUGUUGCAAAUCCAUCACCAAUUGUAACAUGGUACGUCAAUGGCCAACCUGUACCUUCCUAUGGAAUUAUGCAAGCACAACAACCGGAAAGUGAAGAAAUACGAUACAUCAGUAGAUUUGAUGGUUUGAUUUAUUAUCUAGAUAUGCAGAAAUGUAAACCUGAAGAUGCAGGUGAAAUAUAUAUUGUAGCUCAACGAAGUGAUAUUUCACCGGAAUUAGUAAACAUUGAACCAAAUGCUGUUGUAAGUGCAUCUGCUAAACUGGAGGUGAUACCAGUAAUUGAUUUACGUGCACAACUCAAACCAAUACCAAAACCGUCUAUUGAAGUAAUAGCUGAAAAAGUUAUGCCAGCACAAGAAGGUCCUGCAAUGCGUGCACCACGGUUCUUGAAAUUUUUACAACCCCAAACUGUUCCUGAAUCUUCAGAAAUAACGUUUUCAGUUGAAUUCGAUGGGGAACCAGCACCUGAAGUUACCUGGGCACGUGAACAAGUCGAUAUAAAUAAUAGAGAAAACUAUAAGAUAACAACAACUUCUACAACUAGUCAACUUGUUAUUUCAAAAGUUCUUUUAGAAGAUACAGGGAAUUUCUCAGUUACAUUGAGUAAUCCAGCUGGACAAGCUUGCAGUAAAUCAAGGCUUACAGUGACACAAAUUAAAGUAUCAGGAAAAGCUCCUGAAUUCAUACCACCAUUAAUAGAAUCACAGAUUGUAGAAGCUGGAGAACCAAUUACAUUUGAAUGCAAGGUUACUGGUGAACCAACUCCACAAGUUCAUUGGGAACGAAAUGGAGAGCGGUUACCUCUAAAAGAUCUUGAAUAUAUACGCGUAUUUGAUGCGCCACCGUUUCAUACUCUUGUAUUAUGUGAAACUGUACCAGAUGAUUCUGCUGAGUAUCGUUGUGUAGCAAUAAAUGCUCAUGGACAGUCAAUUUGUAAAGCAAAUGUUACUAUACAAGCUAAACCAGCUGCUAUUGUCCCACCAAGAAUUAUUCAAGAACCAAAAAGUGUAACUGUCAUGGAGUCUCAACCAGUUCAACUAAUUGCACUAAUAGAAGGUACACCGAUGCCAGAAAUUACUUGGUUACUAAAUAAUGAAAUUAUUAAACCAUCACGUUACUUUCUUCCUGAAAUUCGAUCAGAUGGUUAUACAAUACUUAAUAUUUCUAGCGUUUAUCCAGAAGAUACUGGAAUUUAUACAGUACGUGCUGUGAACUCUGGUGGAGAAGCUCAAGCAUCAGCGGAAAUCUUAAUUUCUGCUCCAUUACAAACUGCUCCACAAUUUGUGAAACCUUUACCUACUGGGACACUGGAAGUAAAAGAAGGUGGACGAGUAUUCUUGGAAGUUCAAGUUUCAGGCGAACCUAUACCUCAACUUGAUUGGUAUCAUAAUGGUCAAUCUUUAAAAUCUGGACCAAUUUGGAAAGUUAAAGCUGAUAGAUAUACUUCACAACUUCAAUGUAAUGUAAUCUCCAUGAAUGAUGGUGGUGAAAUUCUUGUCAGAGCAACUAAUUCAGUUGGUCAAACAACUACGCAAACAAAAUUGGUGAUAAUCCGAUCAGGACCCAAACCAACUCCACCAGUUUUUCAAAAACGUCUUCAACCUCAAGUAAAGGCACCAGAGCAUCACACUGUAACGUUGGAAUGUUCAGUAAAUGGAUGUCCGGAACCAACUUUACGAUGGUUUCAUAACGGUGUGGAGUUUGAACCAGUUUUAAUAUCAUCCUUUUCUCAUGAAAUGGCUGCUAAGAGAGAAUUAUAUAUUGAUGAGGUGACACAUACAUAUACCUUACACAUACAUGAUUUAAACGCUUUUGAUGUUGGAGAAAUUAUGGUACGCGCAGAGAAUGAACUUGGUGUAACUAUGUGUAGUAGUGUAUUAGAAUUAGAAAUUCUUGAUGGAAAAAUUGUUGAACCACGUUUUAUACGUCAACCACCAGAAAGAAUUGAAUUACAACCUGGAGAUAGCGCUCAACUAGAGUGUGAAGUGGAAUCAGAACCACCUGUUACAUUUAAAUGGUAUUUAAAUGGAUUACAAUUGGAUCAGUCAAAUAAACGAUUUAAAGUUCUUGAAGAUGUAAAUCGUACAACUCUUAUAAUUCCAUCUGUUCAACAAGAUAUUCUUCCUAGUGAAGUGACUAUUGAAGCUGCUGGUCAAACUGGUACAAAGAUUGUAACAUCUUCAAUUCUAGUAAUGACAGCUAAAACAGAUGAUUUAUCAGUACCUGAACCACCAGAAUUACGUUUUAGUCGACAACUUCCAUCAAAUUUAGCAUAUAGUGAAACGGAUGAUACAAUAAUUCUUGAUGUAGAAGUUGAUAAACCAGAAAUAUCAUCAAUUGAAUUACCUAAACCUACAUUUAGUUGGUAUAUGAAUGGAAUAGAUAUAUUUUUAUUACCACCUGAUAAGAAACCUGAACGUUAUAAUGUUUCACAAGAUAAUCCAUGGCAUAGUCGAUUAACUAUUAAUAAACCUGGUACAUGGGAUUUUGGUGAAAUCACUUGUUUUGUAACACGUUUAACUGAUAAAAAAGAAGAAAAAAUUUAUACUUCAUGUAAUCUUGAACUUACUUAUCAACCAAUUAAACCAGACGAACAAUCUAAACCAAUUAUAUCAAGACUUGAAUUUGCACCACAAUUUAUUCAAGGUUUACCAGAAAAAUUAACACCAGAAGUUGGAUCAACUGUUGUAAUUGAUAUUAUAUUAAAAUCGAAUCCAAUACCUGAUAUUCAAUGGGUAAUAAGUUCACCAUUAACAGCUGAAAGAUUUGAAUAUUUCGGUCCAGAACAAAUUGAUAAUGAAACAUUACAAUAUCGUGCUAUAUUACAUAAUUAUCAACCUGAUAAAGAUGAUAAUACUAUGCUACAAAUGAUUGCUACCUCAUCAUUAGGACAGUCUACAUCAAUAUGUCAUAUACAACCAAAAGAACAACAAACUGUUAAUAUACAAUUUGCUAAAACAUUAAAUUCACAAUUAGAAGUUGUAUUAGAUCAAUCAAUUGAAUUAGAAUGUUCUAUUAUACCAACUAAUAUACCAAUUGAAUUUCGUUGGUAUAUUAAAGGUGUAGAAAUUACUGCUGAACAUAUACCAUAUGAAAUAAAUACUACUGAUUUUACAUCUAUAUUAAAAAUUCCUAAAAUUAAUUCUGAAAUGAUUGGUAGUACUAUUAGUGUAUCAGUAUGUUCUCCAUAUAGUAAUGAAUUAAAAAGUUCUUGUGAAUUAUAUACAAUAUCUGAAUCUCAUUUACCAAUUAUUGAAGAUAUAAUUACUGAAUUACCAACAACUCCAGAGAUGUUAACAAUUGAAUCAAAAAUAAUUGAACAAGAAUAUGAAUUUAGUUUUAUUAAACCAAUUCAUUAUGAAAUAUAUCAAAAUUCAAAUGAAGAAUAUACUUUAGAAUUAGAAUGUCAGUUAAUAACAGAUCAACAACCAGCGUCUAUUAAAUGGAGCCAUGAAGGUAUUGAAUUAAAUAUGUCUGAUCGUAUCGAACAGGUCUAUGAAUAUGAAAGUGGUUUAGCUAUACUAAUUAUACAUAAUAUUACACCUCAAGAUAUGGGUGAAUACACUUGUACUGCUACACAAGCUCAUCUUCAACCUUCACAAGUUGAACCAAUACAGAAAACAAUCAGUACGAGUACUGUUGUGGAUAUAGAAGUUCCUGAAACGACAGAAGUUGUGCCAACAGUAACUGAGAAGGUUCUCACCUUCUUACAACCAGUAACACCGAAUAUCCACAUUGUACAAGACCAUAAGGAUCUUGAACUGGAAUGUCAAAUUCAAGCAGAUUUAAAACCAAUUCAAGUUGUCUGGGAAGUUGAUGGCAAGGAAUUAACUCAAUCUGAUCGCAAUGAAAUGAUCUAUUUUGAAGAUAGUGGAGUAGCUCGUCUAAUAGUACAUCAAGUGGUUCCAUCGGAUUCUGGUGAAUACACUUGCAAAGUUCAUGGUGAGGUGAUUGAAGCUGAGACCAAACAACAAAUGACCAAAACAAUUUCAUCUGGCUCAAUUGUUACAAUUGAAGUUCCUGAAACGACAGAAGUUGUGCCAACAGUAACUGAGAAGGUUCUCACCUUCUUACAACCAGUAACACCGAAUAUCCACAUUGUACAAGACCAUAAGGAUCUUGAACUGGAAUGUCAAAUUCAAGCAGAUUUAAAACCAAUUCAAGUUGUCUGGGAAGUUGAUGGCAAGGAAUUAACUCAAUCUGAUCGCAAUGAAAUGAUCUAUUUUGAAGAUAGUGGAGUAGCUCGUCUAAUAGUACAUCAAGUGGUUCCAUCGGAUUCUGGUGAAUACACUUGCAAAGUUCAUGGUGAGGUGAUUGAAGCUGAGACCAAACAACAAAUGACCAAAACAAUUUCAUCUGGCUCAAUUGUUACAAUUGAAGCUGUUGAAAAAGAGGACAAUUUCAUUUCACCAAUUUUUGUUCACGAGUUAACACCAUUAAAUAUUUCUGAAGGUGAAGAAAUUUAUUUAACAGCUACUGUUAAAGGAAAUCCUCAACCUGAAGAAGUGAUUUGGAAACAUAAUGGAAAUAUACUUCAACCAGACGUAACGGAUGUUGUAAUGUUCUAUACCCCAGAAACAGGUGUUUGUGAAUUAACAAUAUCUGAAGCAUUUCCUGAAGAUUCAGGAAUUUAUUCUGUCGAAGUCCAGAAUACUGUUGGUACGGCUGUUAGUCAAACUGAAGUAUUUGUAUUGGUAGAGGUAAAACCUCCAGAAUGUUCAAAACCGACUGCUCCUUCAACUCCUGUCAAUAUAAAAGUUAUUAUAAUUCCACCAGAAAGUCCAUCUUCAAAAUCUAAACUUCAUAUAAAUUGGCAACAACCUGAUGAUAUUCCAGUCACUAAUUUUUAUAUAGAAUUAAAACCAUCAAAUUCCAAAACAUGGCAAGAUGUAUCUGCUGAUUUCACUAUUACUGAACCUGAUGCAAUUCUGCCAACUGAUAACUUGCAAGAAUUUGUCAGUUAUGAAUUUCGUGUUAUUGCUGAAAAUGAAGAAGGCAAAAGUCAUCCGUCAUUACCAUCGAAUUCAAUAGAAUUAGGUAGGUAUGAUCACAGGAAAGUAAUGAUUGCUUUAAACAAAUCCGAAUUUAGGCGAUGUUAAUCAAUAAUGUACUAAAUAAAAAUUCAAAAAAAGGUCAGAGUCAAUAGUUCAGGUUAGAAUUUACAAUCAGAAUACAGUGAAUAAACAAAAUUCAGGAAUAUGGAAAAGCAUUAAGAGUUUGAAAUAAAAUAAACAAAUAUAACCAAUAAUUAGGUCAUGAAAGACAGCGUUUAAAUUUAAAAAAAAAUACACUACGAAUACUAAAAGCGUUGUUAUUCAUUUCAUCUAGGUAUACCGCUAGAAUUCAUUCGCCCACUGACGGAUAUAACUGUCAGCGCAGUGACAAAUGAACCAGUCAUACUUGAAUGUGAACUAUCUCGAACUCCACGUGAAAAGAUCCAAUGGUUUAAGGAUGGAAAAGCACUACCCAGCAGACUGUCGAGUAGAAUAAAAGUUGAAGAGUUGGAGAAUGGAAAAGUUCACCGAAUUAUCUUCAGUCCAUUGACAGAGGAAGAUCUAGGUGUUUAUUCUGUGAAAGUAGAGAAUUUGACAAGUGAAGCACGAGUGGAUAUGAAGAUUGCACCAACACUGAAGCUGUCGGAAUCAUUCUCUGACAAAGUCAUCAUGAAAGCAGGAGAGGCGGCCGUCUUCGAAAUACCAUUCGUCGCCAGUCCGAAACCAACAGUGACCUGGUCAUGGAGGCCAAGAACACGUCCUGAUGCGGAGUUGGGAUCAGCUCAGACUCCACGAUUUAAGGCUGACGUGGUGUCCGGACUGACAUCACUUCCAGUGAGUAAGGUGAAGCGUGAAGAUGCUGGUGAGUACAGUGUGGUCAUCAGUAAUGAAUUGGGCGAGGUGACAGUGAGCAUUGAGUUGAUUGUAUUGGACAAACCAUCUGUACCUCGCAAUUUAGUUGCGAGUGAUAACACUGGUGAGAGUGCUUUGUUCAGUUGGACGGAACCAGAAUUCCUCGGUCUUCAUCCUGAUGUAGGAGUUAGUGAUGGAUUGAGUUACGUUGUCGAGAUGCGUGAGUCAAAUCAACGUGCGAGUAGGUCGGUGACAGUGACGAGUGAAUUGAAUACUCUUAUAGACAAAUUGCAAGUGAACAAGUCGUAUGUGUUUAGUGUUGCAGCUAAAAAUGAUGUCGGUCAGUCGGAAUUCGCUGAAACGAGUCCAGUUUCGACGAAGUUGGAAUAUGGUAAGUUUGUGUUUGUAUUGUAUAGUUUUGUUUAUGAUUGAAUUUUCGAGGCUAUUGACCUUGUCGGCAAAGCAUGUUGUUACUCGAUAGAUCUCAACAAAAGUGCUUGGAUAAGGCUUUCCAACGGACAAUGCUUGAAUUUACCUUUCAACUGAUUUUGAAGUUUUUUCAACCGGACACAAGGAAAAUGAAAUUCCUCGUUCACCUCUGCUCUGAAUGUGAACUGAAUUGAGUAGCGACAAUUACUGAGUCGACCCAAAAUCUCAUUGAGGUCCAUUGAUUUCCGGUUAGGAAAAAUGUCAGACGGUUCCUCACAGAGAUCUAUGUAUGAAUUUAGAGUUGCUUAAGUCGUUCAACUGUCUAUGCUGAGGUACGCUAAACACAAUGUUGUCGAGCUGAGUAUGAGUAUGAGACUAUUGGAACGUCUGUUUAGCGUUUAAACAGCUCUGGUCUCACCAAAAAUCUAUUACAAGUUUCAUGGUGUACAUUCACCUACUCACAUAGAUCAAUAUUCCAACAACACAGGCAUGUUGAAAACACGUAGAUUUGUUGGUGAUUUUAUUUAAUGUUAUCGAUGAUGCAUAGACUCAAUUCGUCUAUGUGCAUUAAAUGUUCUAGCACGCGAGCAGUUUGUCACUCUUCACUCUGUUUUGUCUCAAUUGUAAACUUUAGAGUAUGAUCUGCAAACUGUGGUUGAGUGAUUCGAUGCAAAAAUUUCUUAAUUGUAUUUAAUGCUGGUGAGUUUGUUUCAUCCAAAGAAUAGUCGCUGAACUCCUUGUCAAUAAAUUCAUAUUGUUGAUGUAGGAGAGAUGAAAAAUCUCCAAUGCGUUCAGAAACACCUUUCAGUUUGAGCGAUUGAGAAGCUUGUGGAUGUGUAGACAACCCGAUAAAACCCAUCUGAAAGCAGGGUAUCGGUCAAACACUGUCACUAUCUAAGGAGUCUGACUUAAUAGUUUGUUGAUGACUACAGUGUAGAUUUUUCUGUCUCUAGUUCUGUAGGUGAACUUCUGAUAACAUCUACUGUAUGAAUCCAUGAUGUGGACUAGUUGGAAUGUUAUUUUACCGUUCUUUGUUCCAGCAGUGCUCUGUGCAUCGUGACUGUAUAAUGGAUUAUUUCUUAGUUUUAGUUAAGCUAUUUGUGCAUUGUGGAUUGUUUUGACCACCUACUGGAGUAUGUUGACUGACAUCAUUCAACUGUAGGAACGCCGACGAGAUUGUACAGGUACAUUUUAAUUGUGGUCCUUUGUUUGACCCUAUUUGCAUUUCGUGAAACACAUGGGAAAUGUGAUGCAUCACUCAUUCAACCUCUGUUUCACGAUUCGAUUAAGAGUUAGUGAAUACUCAUAAGAAAUAACGGCAUUGAACCACGAUUUAUGUGUUCAACUGAACACAAAAUGAGUCGUUGGCUCGACCGAGAUCUUACGUAUUGUCGAUCGUGUUUUAAAUGCCUUGUUACAGAUAUGUGUAUAACAUUGUCACUGAUUGUCUAACAGUGUGAGUUACAUUUUGAAUGUAAUUUGAAUGCUUUCUGAAACCACUAGGUCCACCAUCGAGUCCAGUCAAUGUGAAGGCAGUCGUCAAUCCACCGAAGGCGUCUAUCAAAGAUCAAACGAUAGAAUUGACGUGGGAACAACCAACCGACCAAGUGUCUGCCAGUGGACCGGUCACAAACUUCUACAUCGAAUUGAAGCCUGAAGAUUCAACUCGAUGGCAGGACGUGAGUGCCGACUUCACAAUCACUGAACCACACUUCACACUUCCUACUGAUAAAUUGCAAGAGUUUGUGAGUUAUGAGUUCCGUGUAACAUCAGAGAAUAAAACUGGCAAGAGUAAACCUUCUUCACCAUCGAACGCUGUUCAACUAGGUAUACCGCUAGAAUUCAUUCGCCCACUGACGGAUAUAACUGUCAGCGCAGUGACAAAUGAACCAGUCAUACUUGAAUGUGAACUAUCUCGAACUCCACGUGAAAAGAUCCAAUGGUUUAAGGAUGGAAAAGCACUACCCAGCAGACUGUCGAGUAGAAUAAAAGUUGAAGAGUUGGAGAAUGGAAAAGUUCACCGAAUUAUCUUCAGUCCAUUGACAGAGGAAGAUCUAGGUGUUUAUUCUGUGAAAGUAGAGAAUUUGACAAGUGAAGCACGAGUGGAUAUGAAGAUUGCACCAACACUGAAGCUGUCGGAAUCAUUCUCUGACAAAGUCAUCAUGAAAGCAGGAGAGGCGGCCGUCUUCGAAAUACCAUUCGUCGCCAGUCCGAAACCAACAGUGACCUGGUCAUGGAGGCCAAGAACACGUCCUGAUGCGGAGUUGGGAUCAGCUCAGACUCCACGAUUUAAGGCUGACGUGGUGUCCGGACUGACAUCACUUCCAGUGAGUAAGGUGAAGCGUGAAGAUGCUGGUGAGUACAGUGUGGUCAUCAGUAAUGAAUUGGGCGAGGUGACAGUGAGCAUUGAGUUGAUUGUAUUGGACAAACCAUCUGUACCUCGCAAUUUAGUUGCGAGUGAUAACACUGGUGAGAGUGUUUUGUUCAGUUGGACGGAACCAGAAUUCCUCGGUCUUCAUCCUGAUGUAGGAGUUAGUGAUGGAUUGAGUUACGUUGUCGAGAUGCGUGAGUCAAAUCAACGUGCGAGUAGGUCGGUGACAGUGACGAGUGAAUUGAAUACUCUUAUAGACAAAUUGCAAGUGAACAAGUCGUAUGUGUUUAGUGUUGCAGCUAAAAAUGAUGUCGGUCAGUCGGAAUUCGCUGAAACGAGUCCAGUUUCGACGAAGUUGGAAUAUGGUCCACCAUCGAGUCCAGUCAAUGUGAAGGCAGUCGUCAAUCCACCGAAGGCGUCUAUCAAAGAUCAAACGAUAGAAUUGACGUGGGAACAACCAACCGACCAAGUGUCUGCCAGUGGACCGGUCACAAACUUCUACAUCGAAUUGAAGCCUGAAGAUUCAACUCGAUGGCAGGACGUGAGUGCCGACUUCACAAUCACUGAACCACAUUUCACACUUCCUACUGAUAAAUUGCAAGAGUUUGUGAGUUAUGAGUUCCGUGUAACAUCAGAGAAUAAAGCUGGCAAGAGUAAACCUUCUUCACCAUCGAACGCUGUUCAACUAGGCGUUCCACUCGAAUUUAUACGACCACUAACUGACUUGACUGUUGACAAAGUAACCAAUGAACCAGUCAUCCUUGAGUGUGAACUAUCUCGUACUCCUCGUGAUAAAGUACAAUGGUUGAAGGAUGGGAAACCUAUUGGUCGUCUACCAGACCGUGUGACAAUUGAGGAGUUGGAGAAUGGAAAAAUCCAUCGUGUGAAUUUAACUUCAUUAAUGGAUGAUGAUUUGGGUGUAUAUAGUUUACGUGUUGAGAAGUUAUCUAGUGAAUGUCGACUAGAUAUGAAGGGUAUGUCCAUAAAUUUCGUGUGAAUUUUUUUUAUUUUGUUGUGAACUCCUUUAUGAGUUACAUAUUAGUGCUCAGAGUAAAAAACUACAUUUUCGAUCAAAAAUUAUACCAAUCAAAUUCAAGUCAUGUGUGCUAUAAAUUUUACUCUUAUUACUACUUUUAUUACACUAGUAUUGAUUACUGCUUAUGGCUAAUUAUCAUAUGUCUACACAGUACUCUUACUCGUGCCUAACCUACCAGUCAGGCUGCCUGAAAAUUCAGAUAAGUUAAUGAAACCAUAUCACACCAUUUAUUCAAACUCAAAAACUCGCUUAAUUAUAUAUAUAAUCGAUUUGUUAUACUAGAGGCGCUUUCGCAUUCAAAGCACCAUUCACUACUAUUCGAAAACUCUAUCUCUUCAAACCCCUUUCCUAGACUGUCAUAUUUUAUCUCUAAGAUUAUGAUAUUGCUUUUAAUCACAUAUCCUGAACGUAAGGGUACAUAUUGAAGAAGCAGAUUUUAAUAAUUUUCUGCUUUACCUAGAAUGAUAAAUGAAGUAAAUAUCUUCAAAAUAACAUUUCUCAUACUAAUAUUGAAGGUGAUUAGAUGACAGUAUAAUUUUCUAAUUGUAGACCAUAAUACUCAACGUCCCACUUCAAAGAGUUAAAAUAAAAUUGUUUAAUAGACUAAAAAAAUCUGCUUGUAAAAAAUACAUGAAGCAUAGUUUAUUCAAACACAUUCACUUUAUGAAUCAUACAAUCGUAAAUCCAAAACCUUGAAAUCAAACAUUGAAUGACAUGCAUUUUGUUAACUAACUGAAAGACAUCUUAAUGCUUAAAUUAUUUUUACAACUGGUACAUAAGUACUCAUUUGCUCUAUGUACACUUACAGUACCGCCAACAUUGAGAUUAUCCGAUUCGUUCUCCGAUCGAGUGAUCAUCAAGGCUGGAGGUGCUAUGGUGUUCGAAAUACCAUUCACUGCCAGUCCUAAACCAAAAGUCGAAUGGACAUGGAGACAGCGAAGUCGACCAGAUGGUGAAUUGGGACCGGUACAAAGUCCACGAUUCAAGGCUGACGUGGUGUCGGGAUUGACUUCAUUGCCUGUGAGUAAGGUGAAGCGUGAGGAUGCCGGUGACUACACAGUGGUGAUCAGUAACGAGUUGGGUGAAGUGUCUGUGACGAUUCAGAUGAUUGUGAUUGACAAGCCAUCCGUACCUCGUGAUCUGGAGGUGAGUGAGAACAGUGGUGAAAGUGUGUUGUUGAGUUGGAAGGAGCCCGAAUUCGUUGGUUUGUCCACAACGACGACGACGGAUGUGAGUGUGAGUGGUGCUGGUGGAUUGUUGGAGUAUGUGGUUGAGAUGCGUGAGUCUAGUCAACGUGCUGGUCGUGGAGUGAGAAAAACGAGUGAAUUGAGUGUUAGGAUUGACGAUCUUCAGAUCAACAAGUCGUAUGUGUUUAGUGUUGCAGCGAAGAAUGAUGUCGGUCAAUCAGAGUUUGCAGAAACGAAACCAGUUUCAACUAAAUUAGAUUAUGGUAAGUAUAUUUCUAUUCAAUUUUUUAUUGUUUUCCUUGGUUAUUUCAAAUUGUAUAUUCUAGAUCAUUUACAAAUCAAUAUUACGACUACAACUGGUUAUGAGUUGGAUCACUAAAAAUAAAAUAUUUCUUAAUAAUUGGUUCAUGCUACUUAAGGUUGGUUAAUCAAACACAUUUUCAGUAGUUGUCAUAAGGAUAAUUGGGAACCAUCGUUUUUUUUAGAACAAAUACACCUUUUUUUAAACCAAUCGGUUUGAUAUUUUAGCCUUCGAUCACUUCAUGACUUAAGUUCGCUAAUAUCUAAUAGCUUAUUUGAUCACUUUUUUAGCCUACCUGGGUUAAUCUUUUCAUUCUCUAUAAAAUUAGUGUAGAUGGGAAGUUAUGAGAAUAAAUAAAAAUAUGCUUGCCAAGUAAUAAAUGACAUUGAUUUGGUUGUCUACAUCAGGAAAAUUUCAAGUGCUUUCUCAUUGGAUUAACAAUAUUCCAAUAGAUCACAUCCUCUUAUCAACAAACCUGUUACUGACAACAAGCUUAUACAGCGUUCCACAAAGUCUUUAGAAAUGUAUAUAUAUAGUAUGUAUUUGGUUACGCCACUAACAACAAUAACACUAGCUCAACUACCGUACUUGCCAAAAAUUAAUUCUCCACGCACAUUUCACCCAUUUCGAUACCAAUUAUCAGAAAAUUAUAAAGAAUAGCUUCAUGAGUUUCCCAAUUUCCUUUCCAUUCCUCUUCUUGAGAUUGUGAAUUUAUAACUCCUGGUUACCCUACUUCAGAAUAAGUUGAGUAGAUUCGAAUACAUGUUUGACUAUCAUACAGACCUCAUUGAUCAUUAAUCUUUGAAAGUGUUGAAGAACUACCUAAAGAACAUAGAAUAAAAGAAUAAAUACAGGAAAAAAGAUUAACUCUAAUCAUUUCCCCAUUGAAUGCUAAUGAGUCAAAGUUAUUCACUAAAUACUUUUAAACAACUGAAAUAAAAUAUAUGUAUGACAAACAAGUACCGAAUAUUAUGUUAAUAAACUAAAAUGAGUCACUGAUGUGGAUGUAAUGUAGAAUCGAAAAAGCAGUAUCAGGAAUCCAGUCAAGUUUCAUUCUUCUUAUGGCAAACAUAAAACCGCGAUCUAUGUACAAAACAAUUUUCACAAAAUAUGUAUAUCUAGAAAUAUGGUAGGAAGGAUUAUUAUUGAUUUGUAUUCAUUAGCUUGAAUUUAAGCUUACAAAAUCUCGGUAUUUACAAAAACUCAUCUUUAAAAUGCAAGGUCCACCAUCGAGUCCAGUCAAUGUGAAGGCAGUCGUCAAUCCACCGAAGGCGUCUAUCAAAGAUCAAACGAUAGAAUUGACGUGGGAACAACCAACCGACCAAGUGUCUGCCAGUGGACCGGUCACAAACUUCUACAUCGAAUUGAAGCCUGAAGAUUCAACUCGAUGGCAGGACGUGAGUGCCGACUUCACAAUCACUGAACCACACUUCACACUUCCUACUGAUAAAUUGCAAGAGUUUGUGAGUUAUGAGUUCCGUGUAACAUCAGAGAAUAAAGCUGGCAAGAGUAAACCUUCUUCACCAUCAAAUGCAAUACGAUUAGGCGUUCCACUCGAAUUUGUACGACCACUAACUGACUUGACUGUUGACAAAGUAACCAAUGAACCAGUCAUCCUUGAGUGUGAACUAUCUCGUACUCCUCGUGAUAAAGUACAAUGGUUGAAGGAUGGGAAACCUAUUGGUCGUCUACCAGACCGUGUGACAAUUGAGGAGUUGGAGAAUGGAAAAAUCCAUCGUGUGAAUUUCACUUCAUUAAUGGAUGAUGAUUUGGGUGUAUAUAGUUUACGUGUUGAGAAGUUAUCUAGUGAAUGUCGACUAGAUAUGAAAGUUCCACCAAAAUUGAGAUUAUCCGAUUCGUUCUCCGAUCGAGUGAUCAUCAAGGCUGGAGGUGCUAUGGUGUUCGAAAUACCAUUCACUGCCAGUCCUAAACCAAAAGUCGAAUGGACAUGGAGACAGCGAAGUCGACCAGAUGGUGAAUUGGGACCGGUACAAAGUCCACGAUUCAAGGCUGACGUGGUGUCGGGAUUGACUUCAUUGCCUGUGAGUAAGGUGAAGCGUGAGGAUGCCGGUGACUACACAGUGGUGAUCAGUAACGAGUUGGGUGAAGUGUCUGUGACGAUUCAGAUGAUUGUGAUUGACAAGCCAUCCGUACCUCGUGAUCUGGAGGUGAGUGAGAACAGUGGUGAAAGUGUGUUGUUGAGUUGGAAGGAGCCCGAAUUCGUUGGUUUGUCCACAACGACGACGACGGAUGUGAGUGUGAGUGGUGCUGGUGGAUUGUUGGAGUAUGUGGUUGAGAUGCGUGAGUCUAGUCAACGUGCUGGUCGUGGAGUGAGAAAAACGAGUGAAUUGAGUGUUAGGAUUGACGAUCUUCAGAUCAACAAGUCGUAUGUGUUUAGUGUUGCAGCGAAGAAUGAUGUUGGUCAAUCAGAGUUUGCAGAAACGAAACCAGUUUCAACUAAAUUAGAUUACGGUGAGUUAGUAUAUGGAUACCAUGUCAGUUUGAAUUUGACUCUCAGUAACAUCUUUCCAAUCCAGUAAUUAUGGUUUUACUGUAUUCAUAAUAUUUUUACCUUAAAUUCGCAUUUCAUCUGGUUGCUAUUUCAUUUAGUCGCUUGUCCAAUAAUAAUCCAGUCUAAUUAUUUUUAUCACUCUGACGAACAACCUAACUCUUAGACCAGUGGUUUUGUUCUCGUAAUUUUCUCGAUUAAUAUGAUGUUUUUUUAUGCACACAUACGUCGCUUACUUUCUAUUUAGACAUCUAUAUUGUGUACUUUCAAGUAGAUGUCUCGACUUUGAUUCUUGGAUUUGAAUAGAUAAGACUGAAUGUCUUGUGUGAUGAAUGUUUAGAAAAUAAUUUAGUUUUGAUUUGAUGAAGCUUCCUUAUCGUACAUCCAUAGACACAGAUUUCGUAAGGAACAAAGAGUAUCAAAGUGAACGAUUGUUUUCAAUAACUUCUUCAUCAGGUUCUGUGGUUAUAAAUCUAAAAUUAUUACUUAUAUUAUAACAGAAAAAGUCUUAAAAUUGAAUUAAUCUUUAUUAUGAAUGAAAGAUGAGAAACUUCACGUCCAUUGAGUCUUAUGUGAUACAAAUUACUAACAAAAUAAUGUGAAGUCAUAAAUGUGAAGAUAAGGUAAUUUAUAACGGGAAUGAAAAACUGGAAUGGUGGUCUGACUAAGAUCCGUAUGGUAUGGUAAUAACAAUAUUACUAUUGCUAAUAAUAAUGACAAUAAUAUUAAUUAUUAAUAUGAUCAGGCAAAAUAAGGAAGAUGAAUGUAUCAUUAGGUAUGGGAAGAAAUGUCUUGGAAGCUGGUACAAAUGGUAAUGAAAGGAAAGGUGUUGGAGGAUCCAGAAAACUUUUCAAAAAAGAGCCAGGAAAGGCUCUGAAAACACUUAGAAGCAUCUUAUCCAAUCAGUGUUCACUAGAAGUUUUGUUAGACAUCUAGAAAGUGAAAAGUCACGUGUCGAGCUUCUGAUUGCGUGAUUAGUUAUGCUGCUACUAUGUUUAGUAGCAUUCUAGAAUUUUCCGGAAGCCCAAGGACAUCUAAAAUACUAUAAAAAAAACCCUAGAUUUACUGUAUAUAAACGAACCUUUGGAGUAAAGCGUUUUCUUCUAUACUUGCACCUUUUCUUUCGUGUUCAAGUCGAUGUGUAGAUCUAGCCUGGGGGUUACUAGAAGAGCUUAGGAACCGGAUCUAGCGUUCGCUUGGCAUUAAUUGCACGGCCACUGUGAUUCCCUACCACCCAUUGAUUAGAAAUUGUACGGUGUGAUAAAAAAAAUUUAGGGAUUGGUGUACUUGUUUUGCAAGUGUUUGCUCAAGUGAUAAUGAACAAACAUUUUGUCACCUUGAAUAAUUUUUUAAUUAUCGGAAUGGGUUCUGUGGAGACUUUAGAAAGUUCACUGGUUGAAAUCAUGAGUCAUUUGAAGCUAGACAACCAUGGGAAACCUGGAAGCACUGGACAGCUGUUUCGUCCUAGUAUAGGACUCCUCAGCAGUGUGGAUCCACGAUCCCGCUCACAGGACUCUAACCCAGGCCUUCAGUCUCACGCGCGAACGCUUAACCUACUGGACCACUAAGUCGGCAUCCAAUGGUGUUGACGUCUAUGUAUUCUAAAUAAAAUUCAAAUGUAAAAAUGCAAAUUUUCACAUCUAAUCAAAUCACUUGAUGCUAUUUCGAUUUGAGCUAAUCAGAUUACAAAGAUUUACAAUUUACAGCCAAUUAAAAAAAUAUUACAGCUGACAUAAUAUUUGUUCAUUAUCACUUGAGCACACACAUUCAAAAACAAGUUCAUCAAUCACCAAUUCAUAAAUUUUUUAAUCACACCCUAAAAAUUAUCAUCACUGGGUGGUGGGGAAACACAGCCGUUGUGUAAUUAAUAGGAAGAAAUCGCCAUUCAGUGCUUCCAGAUUUUCAAUGGUGGUCUAGCUUCAAUUAACUUAUGAUUUCAACUAUUGAAAUUACUAUAAUAUGCACAAAAACCCCCUCUGGAAUUAAUGUUAACCCAAUCUAUUGAAGUAUGCAUUAAUUUUCACCUGGCGUUAUUUUUAUUUGUAUCACCCCAUUGCACAAGCGAGUGUCUAUCAGGACUCAGUAGCUAAGUGGAUAACGCGAUAGUGUUUGAAGCCAACGGUACUGGGUUCGAAUCCUUGAGUGAACAUCAACUCAGAUGCAGGUAAAUCCAGCUGACGAGUCCCAAAUAAGAUGAAACGCGUGUCCUGGAUUUCACUGUUAUCCACUAUCCAUCUUUGCCAAAUGUUAUUUUGUACUGAAAAAUAAAUAAAAUGUUAUUUACAGUUGGUGACAAUCGGCCUGAGCUGAAAAUAGUAUUUUUUUUAUAAAAUUUAAGCUACCUUUUCUGAAUAUUUUGUCAAUACGACAGACAGCACUGAGUAAUGACUGACUAACAGUCUUAUCAUUUUCAAUCCUUUUAAUGAAUAUGAUUUCAAUUUUUUAACUGAAAUAAGUGUGUUUAUAUGUGCUAAUGUAGUUUUUAAAAGAUUACCAUUUUCAAAAACUUUGUAAUCGAACUUUUAAUUACAAUCCCCGAAAUGUAUCAUUUUCAAAUAAUCAUUCAUCUGAGUGUAUCAAAUGUAAAGUACUAAUCUACUUCUUUACUUCGCCUACUGUUACCAAAAAAUCAUUCUCUAACUUUCUACGAUUCAGUGUAUGAAUGACCAAAAACUAAUUUCGAGUUUCAAUGGUUGAGAUCACGAAUCCAUUGAAGCUAGACCACCAUGGAAAACCUGAAAGCACUUGACGGCCAUUUCGUCCUAUUGUGGGACUUCUCAGCAGUGCUCACCCACGAUCCCGCCUAGCGAGACUCGAACCCAGGACCUCAAAUUAAAUAGAGAAAUUAAAUAGUGAGAUAAGAUAGUAGAUUGAAUCUAAUUAUAUUUUUAGGUAACAAUAUGCAUUUGUGUUGAAGAUUUUAGUUAUUUAAUUUAUUGUAAAAUAUAGCAUAGUAGAUAAAUUUACGUUGUUGUAAACGAGAACAUAGGUGGGGACAACUGUUUGCGUUCAAAUACAAAAUUAUUGAAUCACUUGAUAGAAAUGAGAUCCAUGUAGUGAAUCCUCAAUUACAAAAUUUUCAUCGUUUGUUCUUCACAUUCUGUAUGAUUGUUCCAGUUUCCAAUUCCUUUUUAUUUUCCCUUCUAUUCUCUUCACCUCGAUCUUCUUAGCCUUGCACUGCCAGGUUUUGCAAUUCUGAUUAAUGUUACAUACUACUGAUGUCGACAGACAUGAGGAGUAUACAUCACAACGUCUUUUAAUAAUUAUAAUCACAAUUAACUUCAAAUUCUCACAGUAAAUUAAAACGGUUAUCAACUGUGCUUUGAACAAACUUAGGAGGUUAAAUAGACUGUACGUAAUGCAGUUCACUGGCAGCAUGUAACCGAACAAAAGUCGCAGUAUUCUUGUCAAGACUAGAUCAUAACAUGAUAUAAAUUGUAAUCAUUACACAUAUAAUUAUUCAAUAGGAAACCUUUAUCGACUUAUGAUUACAACCUGUAUUAAACUUAUUAGCCUUUAGAAGUUGAUCAUAACAAAAAUAAAUCAAUAGAAAAGAAUUAAAUAAUAAAAUAAAUUAAAGUACUCAUUUGUGGAUACCACAAAAUAAUUGACUUGAGUGUGAUUACAGUCUGUUUAUCGACUCUGUUGUUAAAAAAAAACCGAAUUCUUGAUUGUCUGUAGUUCUAAGGGAAAAAGUAACAAGAUUUGUCCAGUAGUUAUCCGUUGACGAAUACAGAAGAAAUUGAUAUAAUUAUUGAAAUAAAUCUAAGUAUGACCACUUGUUAUAACAAUAUGUUUUGUUGUUGAAAUGGUAAGUUACAAACAUUCGUUCAUUAAAACAAUUAAAUGAAAUAGAAUAUAUGUUGCAAACUUUUAAUACAGAUAAUUAAAGAUAACUGAUGUCUCUCUCUCUAUCUAGGUCCACCACUGAGUCCAGUCAAUGUGAAGGCAGUCGUCAAUCCACCGAAGGCGUCUAUCAAAGAUCAAACGAUAGAAUUGACGUGGGAACAACCAACCGACCAAGUGUCUGCCAGUGGACCGGUCACAAACUUCUACAUCGAAUUGAAGCCUGAAGAUUCAACUCGAUGGCAGGACGUGAGUGCCGACUUCACAAUCACUGAACCACACUUCACACUUCCUACUGAUAAAUUGCAAGAGUUUGUGAGUUAUGAGUUCCGUGUAACAUCAGAGAAUAAAGCUGGCAAGAGUAAACCUUCUUCACCAUCGAACGCUGUUCAACUAGGUAUUCCACUAGAAUUUGUUCGGCCGUUGAUUCAUGUUACUGUAAAUGAGGUUGAUGAAAAACCAGUUGUAUUGGAAUGUGAAUUAUCUCGUUCACCACGUGAUAAGGUACAAUGGUUAAAAGAUGGUAAAUCUCUAAGCCGUUUACCAAACCAUGUAUCAGUUGAAGAAUCAAGUGAUAAAAAAAUUCACUCUAUUAAGUUCCGCUCCUUAACUGAUGAUGAUUUGGGCGUCUAUACGAUAAAAGUAGAAAAGUUAUCAAGUGAGGCGAAACUUUCAAUGAAAGUUCCACCAACAUUGAGAUUAUCCGAUUCGUUCUCCGAUCGAGUGAUCAUCAAGGCUGGAGGUGCUAUGGUGUUCGAAAUACCAUUCACUGCCAGUCCUAAACCAAAAGUCGAAUGGACAUGGAGACAGCGAAGUCGACCAGAUGGUGAAUUGGGACCGGUACAAAGUCCACGAUUCAAGGCUGACGUGGUGUCGGGAUUGACUUCAUUGCCUGUGAGUAAGGUGAAGCGUGAGGAUGCCGGUGACUACACAGUGGUGAUCAGUAACGAGUUGGGUGAAGUGUCUGUGACGAUUCAGAUGAUUGUGAUUGACAAGCCAUCCGUACCUCGUGAUCUGGAGGUGAGUGAGAACAGUGGUGAGAGUGUGUUGUUGAGUUGGAAGGAGCCCGAAUUCGUUGGUUUGUCCACAACGACGACGACGGAUGUGAGUGUGAGUGGUGCUGGUGGAUUGUUGGAGUAUGUGGUUGAGAUGCGUGAGUCUAGUCAACGUGCUGGUCGUGGAGUGAGAAAAACGAGUGAAUUGAGUGUUAGGAUUGACGAUCUUCAGAUCAACAAGUCGUAUGUGUUUAGUGUUGCAGCGAAGAAUGAUGUCGGUCAAUCAGAGUUUGCAGAAACGAAACCAGUUUCAACUAAAUUAGAUUACGGACCUCCAACUCCUCCAUUGAAUGUUACUGCAUCUGUAUCUCCGUCAUAUGCUGAACCAGAAGAUCAAAUGAUAACAGUGAAUUGGUCCGAACCUGAAACAGCAACAACAACAACAACAUCUACUGGAUCAUCUCCACUUUAUUACACUGUAGAGUAUAGAGUAGAUGAAGGACGUGUUUGGAAUAAAUUAGUCUGUGGUAAAGAAGUUACUGGUAUGAAACUAGAUUUUCCUCCAAUUAAAGAAAAUUUGAGCGCUGGUAAAUCAUAUGACUUCAGAGUUAUAGCUGUAAAUAAAGCUGGUACAAGUGAACCGUCAAAACCAUCGAAUUCAAUCCAACUAGGUAUAGUACUUGAAUUUAUACGUCAAUUAGAAGAUUUAAUUAUAACUAACAUUGAACCAAUUGAAUAUAAAUUAGAAUGUGAGUUAUCACGUAAACCAAGAACAAUGAUAGCUUGGACAAAAGAUAAUAAACCAUUAAUUAUAAGACCAGAUGAUACUCAUAUGAAAUUUAUUGAUCAAGGCACAAUUCAAUCAAUUCAUUUUACACAUUUAAUUGAUACAGAUAUUGGUGAUUAUGCAAUACAAGUAGAGAAUAUUUCAUCAAAAUGUAAAUUAGAAAUUAAAGCUCCACCAACAAUUCGAAUAUCUGAUCAAUUUGAAGAUCAUAUUACUUUAAAGGCUGGUACUACAAAAAUUCUAGAAAUCCCAUUUAUAUCUUCACCAAAACCUAAAAUUAAAUGGACAUGGGCACCAAGUACUGACUUGACUCAAGAACAAACCCCUAGAUUUAAACCGGAUAUAGUUGCUGGUUUAACUACAUUACCUCUAAGUCGAGUGAAACGUGAAGAUAGUGGAGCAUAUAAAGUUAAAAUAUCAAAUGAUCUUGGUGAAAUUUCCAUAACAAUUCAUGUCAUUGUUAUUGAUAAACCAUCUCCACCAAGAAAUCUUACAAUAACUGAUGCUACAGAAAAAUCAGUCAUGUUUAAUUGGGAUCUACCAGUUAAUGUAAAUGAAAAUGAAUCUUUAGAAUAUGUUGUUAAUUAUCGAGAUGCAACCAAAUAUUCAAGUCAACCAAUUAAUGUUUGUGUAACAAAGGAAUUGAAAACAUUUAUAGAUGGUCUUAAACUGGGAUCUCAAUAUAUAUUCUCAGUUUGUGCACGAAAUGAAGUUGGUGAUUCCGCCUUUGCUGAAAGUCAGGCAUUCUUAAUGAAGUAUUCUUUUGACCCACCUGAAGCUCCAGGAAUACCUCAGGUUACUAUAUUAGAAAGUGGUCAUGUUUCACUGGAAUGGACACCUCCUUCAUCAGACGGUGGUUCUCCGAUCACAGAGUAUUUCAUUGAAAGCAUGGAUGAACGUCCAGUUGUAAAAGGCCGGCGCCGGACAUCGACCUAUGGUUCUCGAGCACAGUGGAAUUCACUAACUUCAGGAAUCAUAUUUGAACCCAAUGUUCAACCGAAAGCUUCAGUAACUGGUUUGUCUCCUGAUAAACAAUAUACAUUCCGUGUAUGUGCUGUUAAUAAAGCUGGUAAAGGGCCAUUUAGUCCACCAUCAGAAUCUUGUUUACCCUUAAUAAAACCUCCUAAAGUUCCUGGAAAACCUGGUCCUAUAACCGUCGGACCUUUAAAUGAAACAAGUGUCAAUUUAAGUUGGACACCUGGUACUGUAAACGAAGACUUUGGACCAGCUGAUUAUUAUAUAAUUGAAGCUUGUGAAGAUGAUGGUAAUGACUGGAAAGAAGUUGGAAAGACAACCAAGCCAGAUGAUUGUAACUUGAACGUGAACAAUCUAGACAGUUCAACACGUUAUCAAUUUCGUGUUCGUGGAGUGAAUAAAGAAGGUGUCGGUGAACCAUCAAAACCAUCAGAAAGGAUUUGUUUAAAGAAAGAUGCUCCAUUAGUUAUAACUAAAGAAUUAGAAUCAAUUCAUUUGAAUGAAAUUCCACAAACAAUCGAAUAUGAAUGUCAUCUUUCUAAAUUACCACAAAAAGUUCAAUGGUUCUAUAAUAAUAAACGUUUAGAUACAUCAAAUUUACGUAAAUAUCGUUUUAUUGAUGAUGGUAAAAUACAAAAAUUAGAAGUAUUAAAAAUUACAUUAAAUGAUGUUGGUGAAUAUUCUAUUAAAAUUGAUAAAUUAGAAUCAAAGGCAACAUUUGAAAUUGAUUUACCACCUAAACUCUGUCUACCAGAUGAUUUCUCUGAUACAAUCAUACUUGCUCAGGGAAAUAAUCGUAAUAUAGAGAUACCAUUUACUUCUUGUCCACCUGCUACCAGUAUUGUUUGGUAUUGGAAUGGUAGUCGUACUCUGCCUGAUCCAACAAAACGAACUGUUCCAGAUAAUGAUUCAAAGUCUCAAGUGGUACUUCGUCUCACUGCAGUACAAGUUUCUGAUGCUGGAAUUUAUGAAGCUAUUAUCACUAAUCCAUAUGGAGAAGCUAAAGCAACCGUAACAUUGAAAGUUCUUGGAGUCCCUGGUCCAGUAACAUCAUUGGAAGCACAUGUUGAGUCACCUACAGAAGUAUCUGUUUUAUGGAAACCACCUGAAGAUGAUGGCGGUAGCCCAUUGACAGGAUAUAAAGUCGAACAACGUCAAUUGGCUCCUGAACCUGGAGGUGUUUUACGUUCUCAGGCUAAGGAGUGGAAGUUAAUUGCAAAUGUUAGUUUGAAAUCAAAAACAUCUAACGAUGAAGAACCAUUUGUACAUCGUAUCACAGGGUUAACUGAAGGAGCCACUUAUUUGUUUGGUGUUUCUGCAGUUAAUGAUUGUGGAAGUGGACCAAGGAAAGAAAUUUCCGAUGGCUUGAUAAUGAAAUCUCCUUAUGAUAUUCCGGAAAUCCCAAAACAACUUACUGCUAAACCAAUAAAUCAUUCCACUAUUGAAUUAGAAUUCAAAUUACCAGUCACUCAUGUGGAAGCGCCAUUAACUAGUGUAAUUGUUGAAUAUCGUCCUAAAAGUGUAUCAAGAUGGAAAACCCAAACAUUUGAACCAUGUUCUAUAGUACAAAUUGAUAAACUUGAAGCAAAUACAGAAUAUGAAUUUCGUGUAAGUUGUACUAAUUUGGCUGGUAAAAGUGAAUCAUCAAAUCCUGUUAAAGCUAAAACAAAACAAUUGCCAAAACCUCCUGAUGCUCCGAAGCUUGACAAUGUUACACCAGUCAAUACAAACUCAGUAAAAGUCAAUUGGUUUUCUCCAACAAAUGAUGGUGACAGUCCAAUUACAUCAUAUCAAAUAGAGAUGUGCGAUGCUAAAAAUGGCACUGAAGUAUGGAAACCAAUUGAUGCUUUAAACAUAGAUCGUACGGAUCAAAGUUUACUAUCUCCAGACGAACAAAAGUCAUAUGAGUUGAUUGUGAAAAAUUUAGACAAUUCCAAAUCUUUCAAAUUUCGUGUUAUUGCUGUGAAUAGUAUAGGACCAGGUAAACCGUCUAGAAGUUCACAACCUGUUACACCUGGAAUUGAAGUCAAUAUUAUUCGACCAUUGAAUAAUGUUUGUUUUGAUGAAAUUCCAAAAUCUGGAACAAAAGUUGAAUUAGAAUGUGAAUUAAGUCAAUCUAAUUGUCGAGUAAAUUGGUUAUAUAAUGGAAAACCAAUUGUAUUGGGCAAGAAAUAUGAUUUCUCUCCAGAAGGAAAUGUUUAUCGAUUAAUUAUUAAUGAUAUAACACUUGAAGAUAUGGGAGUUUAUGAAUUGAAUUAUAAGAAGUUAAAAACACAAUGUAAAGUAGAAGCUAAAAUUCCACCAACACUUCUUGAAGAUACUGAAGAAAGUCAUACACGUCGUAUUAAUGUUGGUUCAAAUUGUGUAUUUGAAGUACCAUUUAAAGCUUAUCCAAAACCUACUAUAAAAUGGCUUGCUCAAAAUAUACCUAUUACGGAUAAAACAAAACGUUAUCAAGUUAAUAUAGUAGCUGGUUUAACAUCAUUAUCUAUACAACGUGUACAAAAUGAUGAUACUGGUCAAUUAAUUGUUAUCAUUGAAAAUGAACAUGGAAAAUUAACAUGGAAAUGUGAACUAAUUGUUAUUGAUAAACCAAAACCAGUUGAAAAUUUAACUGUUGAACCAAGUAUAGAUCGACUUCAUAUGAUAAUGAAUUGGAAACCACCACGUAAAGAUUUAAAUAAUCCAAUUACACAUUAUGAAUUAGAAUAUCGUAAUUCAAAAAAUCGUUCAUGGCAAACAUUUAAAAAUGGUCCAUUAGAUGUAGAUGAUUUAUAUAAAAUACCUAAUAAUUUAACAAAAUUUGAAAUAAAAAUUACAGAAAAAGAAACAGCGAAUAGUUUAGCACCGAAUACAGAUUAUUAUUUUCGUAUAAUAGUUGUUAAUGAAGUUGGAAAAAGUGAACCAACUGAAACACGUUCAUUCAUUAAAACACCAUCAUUACCAAAACCACCGAAAUUAAAGUAUGAUAAAACUUUGGAAACGUGUAAAACAACCACUGGACAAAAGCAUUCUAUACCCGUUAGUGUAGAAGGCGAACCAUCUCCACAAAUAGAUUGGAAAUUUAUUCCUGACGGUCAUCCAAGUGAUGAGAGAAAUUCACUUCCUAGUGAUGCACAAACAGAAGCAUCCGGUCCUGACCAAGAUGGUGUGAAUAAAAUUGCAUUGAAAUUCCGAAAAAUAUCACGAUCAUGUGACGGCACAUAUAUUUUAACAGCUGUAAAUAAUUGUGGUGAAGCUCGUGCUGAAUUUCAUGUGACUGUGUUGGGUCUACCAAGUGCACCACAGAAUCUUAUUGCAACAAAUCUGUCAAAAACUUCCAUUCGUCUAAAUUGGUCACCACCUACUGAUACUGGAGGUAGUCAAAUAUUAAAUUACGUCAUAGAACAAGCUGUAGUUAAAAGUAAUUUGGCUACACUAUCUAGUGUAGGUUAUUGGGAACCUGUAACACGCAAUCUUCCAGUACAUGAAGCAUCUGACGGUUCUACAGGAUAUAUUUAUGAUAUUAUUAAUUUGGCAUCAGAAAAAUAUAUGCUUUUUAGAGUAGCAGCUCAAAAUAAACAAGGAAUUGGUGAAUUUGAAGCUAUUACAAGUCCUCUUUUAGUUACAUCUCCACACAAUUUACCCGGACCACCAAAAGAUUUAAAUGGUACAACUGAUAAAGAUGGACAAGUUCAUUUAGAAUGGAAACCUCCACAACAUGAUGGUGGUGCUAAAAUUAUGAAUUAUAUCAUAGAAAAAUGUUUAUCAUUAAAAGAUGCUAAUUGGUCUGAGAUUAAACUUCCUGAUUCACCUAAUACAAUGCGAAUUAUACCAAAUCUUAGAGAUGGUAUCUGCUACUUUCGUGUAUCAGCUGUCAGUGAUGCUGGAAAAGGUUCACCAUCUAAUAUCAUAGAUGUAGAUGUUAAAAAAGGUUCUGAUAAACCUGAUCAACCAGGUCAACCAACUGUUGAAGUAAUUGCAGAUGGUGCUGUUCAACUGCGUUGGUCACAACCAUUGAAUGAGGGUACUGGUGGACCGAUAAAUGGCUAUGAAGUACAAAUUUGUGAAGUUGGUUCAAUUAAAUGGAAACCUUCUUCAUCAGAUUUAUGCUCAGUGAAUGAAAUUCGUUUAACUGGAUUAAAUCCAGCACAAGAUUAUUUGUUUAGAGUAAUUGCAGUUAAUGAUGCUGGGUUAAGUUUACCUUCUGAACACAGUAGACCUAUUCGUCCAGCUACUGAUGUGGAUUUCGUUCGUCCGUUGGAGAAUCAAUCUAUUACAGAGUUACCAUCUGAUGUUGUAUUUGAAUGUGAACUCUCUCGACCUGGUAUGACAUUGAUAUGGUCCAAAGAUGGACGUGAUCUAAAUUUAUCAUCACGAUGUGUGUAUAGCGUUAUUGGAGAAGGUGAUAAAGCUUUUUGUAUUCAUCGACUAACUCUUAUAAAGGUUAGUCCAGAUGAACAAGGUGUAUACAGUGCGAGAUUAGUAACUGGGAAAAAAACUGAAGCUAUAUUGACAAUUGAAUGCCCACCAAAAAUACUUUAUGAUGGACCGUUAGAAAUACAAUUACUCAGUGGAAAAAGUACAGUGAUUGAAGUACCAUAUACUGGUGCACCAUUCCCAGACGUUAAUUGGUCAUUUAAUCAUGGACCAUUACCAAUCGGAGCAAAACGUGAAUCUCCUAUUGCGUCAGUAGAUACAGUAUAUGGAUUAACAUGUUUGCGUCUGCGUCACGUUACAGGAGAAAUUACUGGAAAUUACAAACUUCUGAUAAGUAAUGAGCUGGGAAAGGCAACGUUAGAACUUAUUGUGAAAGUACUAGAUGUUCCAGGACCUGUACGUCAAUUGAAGGCAACAGUUCAGAACCAACCGUCUGGUACUGCAUCACUCACAUGGCAAGCACCAAAAGAGGAAGGUGGUUCACCAAUUAUUGGUUAUCUUGUCGAAAAACGUGAAGCGAAUAAACGUAGUUGGACACCAUUUGGCUCUCAAGUUAAAGAACUAAGCUGUGUCGUUGAUGGUUUGACAACUAAUACAGGUUAUUUCUUCAGAGUUAUGGCUCAAAAUAUAUCAGGUUGCUCUGAGCCAACAGAAACCGAUAUAUCGGUGGUGAUACCAUGUUUAACAAAACCUCCAUCGGCUCCAGGGACACCAGAAGCAAGUGAUAUUGGUACGGAUUCAUGUCGAGUCAGUUGGGAACCACCCAGUUCGGAUGGUGGUGCUCGACUGACAUUUUAUCAUUUAGAGAAAAGAGCAAAUCUUAAAGGUAAUUGGGUAAGAGCUUGUGCGGAUAAAUUACCUAUUUUGACGAAUGAAGUAAAAUCUACCUAUGUGACAAAAGUAACUGGGCUUGUACCAGAUAAUGUCUACGAAUUUCGUGUAGCAGCUGAAAAUGCUGAUUUUAUGGUUGGUGAAUACUCCAAUUCAAGUCAUAGAAUUUCAACUCAGCUACCAUUCUCUGUACCCGGUAAACCAUCAAGACCUGAAAUUCAGAAUAUUACAGAAACAACUAUUGGUUUAGCCUGGAAAACACCAUAUGAUGAUGGAGGAGAUUCAGUAAAAAAAUAUGUUGUUCAAUAUAAAACUACAUCAUCAAGUGAAUGGAAAACAGUUAGUGAAAUGCCAGUUGAUCUGGAAUUUACUGUAGCUCAUUUACAAUCAGAUGAACAAUAUGAGUUUCGUGUAGCAGCUAUCAAUUCAGCUGGUCAAGGACCAUGGUCUGAUACAUCGGAACCAUGUAAUCCAGCUAAAGCGAUCGAAUCUUCUAAACCUUCAUUAGUCAAUCCUUUAAUUAAUGUAACAGUAUUGGUUGGUCAAUCAGUCGAAUUAAAUUGUGAUUUUAAAUUAGGUGAACCAAAAGGAAAUGUUACUUGGUUUAAAGACGGUAAACCAAUAAGAAGUCAAGUCAAGUAUUCAACAAGUCCAGCAUGGGAACGCAGGGCUAAUUUAAAAAUAAAUCGUACUAAAUUAGAAGAUGCUGGUGUAUUUAGUUGUGUAGCAGAGAAUCCAUCGGGUAAAGUUGAAACAACAUGUCGUGUAAUUGUAGCUCAAAAACCUAUUUUAAAUCUUGAAUUAGACAAAUCUGUAUCAAGUAAUGUAACUGGAAUUUUAAGUAAAUCAGAUCACUUAACUGGUCGAGUCGGUGGCUGUUUAGCACUGAAAGCUACUUGUGAAGCUUUUCCAGAUUGUGAAGCUAUAGUAUGGUUUAUCAACGGAAAACAAAUUGAUUCAAGUUUAGAUUCAGAAUUAUUAUCUCGUGUAAUAAUUAAUGAUACACAUACAAGUCGAAUUUUAAAUGUACCUAAACCUCAAGUUUCCAUACUAACUAUCAGUAAUCUACAUCUUUCGGAUGCUGGUGAAUAUGGAUGCAGUUCAGUAAAUGAGGUAGGAACUGCUCAAUCUGCUAUAAAAUUAAUUUUAAACGAUCGUCCACAACCACCAAUGUCUAUUGAAGUAACUGAAACUCGUGGUCAAGAUUGGAUAGAGGUUAAAUGGGAAAGACCAUCAAGUGAUGGUGGUUCAAAAUUAACACGAUAUAUUAUUGAACGUCGUGUUAUUGCUACUUCUACUUCUAGAGAUCAACCUACAUCAAUUCAUGAAACAAAUUGGUCUAAUGUUGGUCAAGCUGGACCAUAUGAUGAUCAUUUACGAAUACAAAAUUGUAAACCUGGGACAGUUUAUUCAUUCCGUAUUUUUGCUGAGAAUGAAAUUGGUAUAAGUGAUCCAACAGAAAUUGAAUCACCUUAUCAAAUGAAAUUAUAUACAGAUUUACCAUUACCCCCGACUCAUGUCACAGCAGAACGUUCAUCGCCAAGAGAAGCUAAAAUUCAAUGGCGUCCACCUAUUAGUGAUGAUGGUGAUUCUAUUCAAGGUUAUAUGGUUGAAUUACGUGAAACAGCAGAUCCGAAAGAUCAAUAUACAUCAAGAUGGACACAAGCUAGUCCGAAAUUAAUACGAUCCGGCACUACCUUAAAAGUUGAUGAUUUACAUCCUGAUAUGUUUGUUCAAUUCAGAGUUCGUGCUCGUAAUCUAGUUGGAUUUAGCGAACCAUCUGAACCAUCUGACUGGAUUGAGCCUAUAGUAAAAAAACCCCGUGUAAGUAUAGAUGAAUCGACGCGCAAAAAAGAUGACACUACGAAAUUACCUAAAGACGAUAAAUCACAUUUGGAUAUUGUACAAGAAAUAAUUGCACUUAAAGAAGCUAGUCGUCCGAAGAAAAUAAUUGAUAAAGAUGCACCUCGAAUACAGCUUAUUAAUGAAGAUACUUAUCGUUUAAGACCAGGAAAUAAUUUACGUGUCGGUGUACAUCUUGAUUCUGUUUCCAAAGCUAAUGUAGAACUUUUAACAGCAAGUGGCCAACCAUUACUUGGGAAUGCACUUGGAAGAACUCGUAUAGAACAAUUUGGAGAUGAUUUCUAUGUGAAUUUACGUAACAUUAAUCUGUCUGAUGCAGGUACUUAUUGUAUAAAAGCAAUAAAUACAGCAGGUGAAAGUAACCAAUUAAUCCAUUUAAUUGUUCUCACUGAACCACUUCCACCGAAAUCUCCAUUAAUAGCUAAAGUAAUUGAAAGUCCUAAAGGACACUCUGAAGGUGCAACAGUUGAAUUAACAUGGGGACCAUCACCAUUACGUGAUGGUGAAUCACCAGAACUUACUUCACCAGUAUUAGGAUAUUGCAUUGAACGACGUGAAGGUCAACGUCGACAACAAUUUAAUUAUCCUAUUCGUUUGGUUGGUUCAGAUAAAUUAUCUGUAAAAAUACCAGAUUUGAAACCAGGAAUUGAAUAUGUAUUUCGUGUCAGUUCAUAUAAUGAUGUAGGACCAAGUGAACCAACUUAUUCAGAACCACUUAUCAUUAAAUCUCCAUAUGGUGUUCCUGAUGCACCUAAAGGUCCUUUAGUUUGUUCUGAUCUAACGGAUUCCUCAUUGAAACUUACUUGGUUACCACCUGAAGACAAUGGUGGUCUACCUGUGAAAAGAUAUUAUAUUGAAAUGAAAGAUGUUGGUAAUCCUGCUGGAUGGAUACCUUUGGGUAUUGUAUCAGCAGAUUCUACUUCUUAUCUGGUUAGUGGAUUACAGCAAGGAUUCGCUUAUCGAUUUCGCGUGCGGGUUGCUAAUGAUGAAGGGCUUAGUGACUGGUUAGAAACAGACAAAUCUAUAUCUUUUCGUCGCCCAGUUACAAAACCAUCUCAGCCUGAGGGACCUUUACGAAUGCUGCCAGAUGGAGAUAGAGCCGUCCGUUUAACUUGGAAUGCUCCGCUAGACGACGGUGGAUCUCCGAUUAAAGAUUUCAUAGUUGAAUUAUGCCUCGAUAGAUCAGGAGAACAUUGGCAACCUAUUGGUGAAGUGCGUGGAUUAAACAAACGAAUUGAAAAUCUUAUUCCAGAUGGCAUUUAUAGUUUUCGCGUCAGUGCUCGUAAUGAAGACGAUAAAGUCGGUCCACCUCUCUAUUCAGAAAUCUACAAACCAGGUGCGCCUAUGACACCACCUGGCCAACCGGUUGGUCCACUAAAAGCCACAUGUAUCGGAAUCGGUCAAGUGAAAUUGGAAUGGAAACCUCCAAUAGUCGGUGGUCAAAGUGGUUGUGGAGUUCCUGAUGAGUAUUUAAUUGAACGCUAUGAACAAAAGAAAGCACGUUGGGCGUACGUAACUCGUCAAAGUGCUUCAACUGGGACAACUGUAGUAGUCUCUAACUUGCAGCCGGGUUCCGAAUGCCAGUUUCGUGUACGGGCUGAAAAUAGAGCAGGGUCUGGUCCUUUCCUCGAAUCUGAUCGUCCAAUCACAGUCAUUAGUCCAUUUAAUCCACCUGAUCCACCUCAAGGUCCAAUUAAUAUAUCAGAAGUUCAAAUGGGUGCUAGUCGAGCGGACUGUUCGGCUCGUAUUUCUUGGAGACCUCCGUUAGAUACAGGUGGCUUACCACUUAUUCGUUAUGUGCUACAAAUGCGUUAUGCUAAUACUCCAGGUUGGCAUAGAGUGACGGGGCUUCAACGAACAAUUAGUACGGAUGAAAUAAGUGAUAAAUUAGACACUGCAAAAAUAGAUUUGGCUACUACUUCACUUGUAACUGGUUUAAUGCAAGGUCAACGCUAUAUUUUCCGAGUUGCUGCUGUUAAUGAAGUCGGAACAGGUGCAUUUUUAGAAUCCGAAACAUUUGAAAUGCCUGAAGAUGAUAGCUGUAAACCUAAAGCAGACUGGGUUCGUAUUGCUGGAAAAUCAGCUGAUAGUGUAACUGUAGAAUGGCUUGUCCCACACGAUUGUCGUCACGACCAUGGACCUAAUCGAGCUCAUCACCUAGCUAUUGAUGGUUUUCGUGUGUUCGUUAGACCAGCAACAACACCUCAGCCAAGCAAUAUAUCUCAAUGGCAACAAGUUGCUGAAUUAGACCACUAUCUUAAUCGUCUGGUUGUAGGAAAUUUAAAACCAAACCAAUUUUAUUAUUUUGGUGUGGCUGCUGUGAAUCAGUCAGGUCAAGGUGAAAUCAUUUCUACUAAAGAACCUGUUUGUCCAGAAGCUAUUACAACUGUACCAAGUCAACCUAUAGGACCAUUACAAGUAUCUAAUAUAACAGAUAAUAGUUGUCAAUUAUCAUGGUUAAGUCCUGCAAGUGAUGGUGGCAGUCCAACAUUAGGUUACAGAAUAUAUAAACGGGAAAUGUAUCGACGCAGUUGGCAAGAGAUUGGACGUAUAACUGAACUAUCUGGGUUGACUAGUUCAAGACAAUUACAAUUUCAAGUACAAUAUUUAAUGCAUGGUACUGCUUAUGAAUUUCGUGUUGUAGCUGAAAAUAAGAAUGGUUUAUCUGAACCAUUAGAUACACAAGCACAGGUGCAUCCAGCCAAAGAGACUAGUGUCCCAGGACCACCGAGAGGACCAUUACGUGUGCGUGAAGUUCCUGAUAAUAUUGGAACACUAGAGUUGACUUGGUCACCACCAUAUGAGUUAGGAGGAUUACCUAUACUUGGCUAUCAAUUAGAAAUACGUCAAGGACGUUCAUUUAACUGGAAACCAUAUCCUUCAUCGAAUGAACUUGUUGCUUAUGGACCUGAAUCUAAAUUUCAACCGUCUCACAUUAUUACCGAUAUACAACCAAAUAAAGAGUACUUUUUCCGGGUGUCAGCUGUCAAUAAAGAAGGAGUUGGUUUACCACUUACUGCUGAUGAUAGUUAUGUGAAAUCUAUAAACUUAGCUCCACCAAAACUUGUAAUGGGUCGUCGAAUUCCCCCCGAUGAAGCUGAAGAUCAAAGUCACGAGAAACCAAUACUACAAGUUUCUUGGGAAUGGACUCCAUUAAUGGCAUAUGAACCACAACCAAUAGGUUUUCAAGUGGAACGACUUGAUAUUGCAUCUCGAGGUGGGAAAUGGGAAUCGAUUGAUUUUAUUCCUAUCAAUGAUCGUACACAAAGAAAUUAUACUCACCAGUCCAUUUCACCAAGUCAUGAUGGAAGUUAUAAGUUUAGAGUAUCCACUGUAUACAAUGAAGGUGCUAGCCAACCGGUUGAGACGGGCGUUGUAUUGGCCAGUCUUCCGACAAUAGGACGAUCUGAUUCGACAACGCCCGGUCACUAUGUACCUCCCGUUCAAUCUGUUUUGCUCAAAUCUGAUAGUAAACUAGGUUAUGAACUUGAGUGGGAGGCUCCAGAAGGUCAAGGUGCUGAAGACAUUAGAGGGUAUACGUUAGAAGAUUGGGAUUCAAGGAAACAGAAGUGGGCACCAUUAAUAGAAAUACCAGUAAGUGCGCCUCGACAGUUAGUUUUGGCUGCAUCACGCACACCUGACAAGGACUAUAAAAUGAGAAUUAUCAGCCAUGGGAAAACUGGCAAGUCUAUUCCAACGGAAUUUGGACUAUAUCGGAGUCCUAUUGAGUCAAUCUCAUCUAGGCCUCCAUCUAGAUCAUGGACAACACUACCGAGUACAUCAGGUCUUCCAAUUUCUACGACGUCCCAUGAUAAAACUCGUCCACGAGCAGAUAUUGACGAUGAUUUUGAUUUGGAAUUGGCCAUGAUUACUGGAGUUGAACCUGGUUCUGACGAAGUAAAUGAGUUCAUUCGCUCAAGGCGUCAAAUGGUUCAAGAUAUGACGCAACGCAUGAUUACACCAUCAUCCCUAGGGAGACUUAGUUCAUUAGAAAAAGGAAGACUGGAUCUAGAUCGCACUGACAGUUCACUAUAUUCGACUGGAAGGUUGACUUCUCAGUUAAGUAUUUCUUCCCCAGCUGCUCUGUAUAUUUCAGAUCAACUAAGAGGAGAAAUAGUAGGUCCAACAUCUGUUCAUCUCAUUUGGCCUGAACCAAGUGGGUGGUUAGCUCCAGACAAAAUAGCUUUUUAUGACAUUCAGAAGUGGGAACCUGUUCAUUCUAAAUGGGUUUCUAUUGCCAAGGCUCCGUCUAAAGUUACAGACUACAUUUUAACUGGUCUCCGGUCGAAUGAUGAGAGCGGAUGGUGGUUCCGUGUAGUGCCUUCAGGCCGUGAUUCAGAAUCGAUUGGGGCACCUUAUCAAAUGGCUAAACCUCUUUAUCCAAGAUCUCAGCAUGCUACAGUUCCUUCUUCUGUUUGGGGUGUAGAAAUUUCUCCUGUUUUUGGUUUACAUAAGAUAGAUCAACGAACAAUUCAAGUUAACUGGAUGAAACCUAGCAAUGAUGGUGGUUCUGAUAUACUUGGUUAUCGUUUACUAAUUUAUGAUGCUGAUACUGGUGAUGAACAAGAGAUAAUUGUUUCUCCAAAAUUUUUAACUUUUAAAAUUGACUCUUUAGAAGCCUUUCAUGUUUAUAGAAUUACAAUUACUGCAUUUAAUCGUAUUGGUGAUUCUAUACCAGUUACUUCAACUGUACCAUUACAUCGUGAAACACCUGGCCUACCAUCCCUACCUUUACCACCCAGUGACUUUCGAGCUGUUUUGACGGAUCAUUUUAACAAAGAAUAUUCCAGUUGUAUUCUGUCAUGGAAACCUCCAUCAUUACUUCCAUCAUCACCUAUAGAUUUUUAUGUUAUUGAAAAAUGGAGUUCACAAUCUAAACAAUGGAUUCCAUUUAAAAAAGUUCCGUAUGAUGUGUAUGAAAUUGAAAUUACUCAUUUACUUGAUGAUGUAGAUUAUGGUUUUAGAAUAAGAUCACAAAAUGUCGCUGGCUUAAGCGAACCAUUAUGCUUAAACACUCAUAUUCGACCAAAUUUAGUCAAAGAAAAAGAUACUAAAGCGUUACCACCACCAGCUCCUGGAGCUCCAUUAGAAUUAAAACAACUUCAUACUAAUCAAAGUAUAUCAAAGUUAAAGGCAGUGACAGAGACUGCUAACCGUGUGAUGGAACUAUGCUGGAGUCAACCUACCUUCUUAACAGAUGAUGUAGGUCCAGUUAGAGGUUAUGUUAUUGAGGCUAGAAGAAGAGGUCAGGAAAACUGGGCGCUACUUGGUCGGCUACCUUCUACAAGAGACAGACAUUGGAAUAUUGUAUUUGGUCCUCAAAUCGGUGAUUAUAAUAGGACUCCAACCCUACCUCUCUCUCGGCUACCCUCAAUUCUUACCGACUCUUCUGGCAAGUGGGAUAUGAGCUUGCCACAAACCUUUUCGAAAAGUUACCCGUCUCCAUCUAUGUUGCCAGGAGAACCAAAAGACUAUGAAUUUCGUUUAUAUUCAGAAAAUGAAUUUGGAGUAAGUGAACCAAUUUAUUUAAGACCCAAACUUAGAAGUCCUUCUUUGAUUUCUGAACCACAUUAUAAUAGGCAAUCAACUCUUGAGUACUACGAGUUACCAACUUACAUAUCACCUCCAAGAGGACCAGUUCGUAUAGAAACCAGACCGAAGUCUUCUUUAUAUCAUGACAGAAUCCAAAGCGAUAAAGAUGUCACACCAGAAGAUUUGAUUUUGCAUUGGAAGCCCCCAUAUGAUACAACUAACAUUUCUGGCUACGAAGUAGUUUACCGCACACCAUAUGAAAUGAAAUGGCAACCUAUAGGUAGGACAGAUUUAUCCGACACAAAUCUAAAAAUACCAAGUUCAUUAUUAAGUGAUUUUCCACAAACUGUUCAUGUUGGUGUACGUUCUGUUGGUGAUUAUAUUCCCGGAAUGACUGAACGUCCAUACUCUGAAACAAUUGAAGAAGUCUUGUCCGUUCCACAAAGUGUGUUUACAUCAUCAUCUUACCAACCUAAACCGUAUAAAACAGCAAAAGAUACAUUCAGUCUACGGGCUCCUUCAGAGGUUCGUGCCAGUGUUUUCAAAUACACUCCUGAAAAAGAUAGUCCCGAAGAAGUAGCCUUGGCAUGGCGCCCACCCAGUGUGAAAUCAGUGGGAAAACAUGGUUUGGAAAGUUUGCCAGAUUCUUAUUUAAUUUUAACUAGGGAGUUAGGUCAUUCUGAUUGGAAAGAAAUUCAAACUACACCUAGCAAUAUCACCAACACCCAUAUUAGAGCAUCUUUGCUACCACAAGGUCGAGAUAUAUAUAUUGGUGUGGCGCCUGUUCGUGGUAUUCAAAUAGGACCAAUUAUGUCUACUUUAGAUACAAUAAAGUUAUCAGAACCCACAAGCCCGGGAAGGCUCUCUUCAAGAAGUUCUUUACCAUUCAUUUCAGCUGAGCCAUUGAUUGUUUUACCAGAAGGACCAGAUGCAAUACGGGUUCAAUGGAAACCUACAGAAGCGUUAAUUAGUAAAUUACCUCAAAAAGGAAUUUCAGAUUAUCGACUAGAAAUGAGACGCCCACAUGAAAUGGACUGGAAGCCUAUUCGAAUUCCAAAAUAUCUAGAUUCGUUGGAUGGAAUACUACCCAUUUCAAGUCCAAUAGAAUAUAGACUGGAUAAUCUAAAGCCAGGUGAACGUGUUGAAUUGCGCGUCGCUACUCGACCAACUCAUUCAGCCCCAUCGAUUCCUAUAACUGAUACCUUAUUUUAUCAGUUCAUUCCUCCUUAUGAUGUACCUUCAAAACCUAGAGGACCUUUAAUGAUUGAUAUAAUACCUACCUGUUCUCCAAUAUAUUCAAGAAGGCCAUCAUCUAGUCUAGAAAAGAUUGAAUCUCCGUUAUCAUUCUCAACACAUACAACACCACACUUGGACUCAAAAGGUAUUCAACUUAAAUGGCAUGCACCCAGUGACACAGGUGGUUUACCUGUCACAGAAUAUGUGAUAGAACGUCGUGGAGGUCCAGUGAAAAGUACCGCAAGUGAAUGGAUCCCCGUAUUAUCUGUUUCGGGAGAGACGACUUCAGCAGUGAUUCCAUUUCCAAGUACUCUGAGUAAUGUUUAUCCUUAUUCUUACCGUGUUCGAGCAGUCAAUCGUAUGGGUGCAAGCAGUCCAUUAGAAACUUUAAGACCAUUGGAUUUUGAGACAUCAAUGUCAGAUCAACCUAGCAGACCUUCUUCUCGUGUUAGUUACCGGCCACUACCACCCUCUGCACCAGUUGGACCCUUACGAUCAGAAUUUCUUCCUUUUGAUUCAGGUCUUCACCUAGAAUGGCAACAUCCUCAAAAGAGUUCUUACAAACUAGAUGAAUCACUGUCUAUGCCAUCUUCAUACGUGAUCGAAGCUACUGAGGCUAGCAGACCAGAUGCACCUUGGAUCGAAGUUGGCCGUGUCCCUGGUACUGUAACAUCGGCUGACGUUCGAAUUCUGCCUACACCGUAUAGAAGCGAGUCGACGGAACGUCCAUAUACACCAAGCCCAUACCAUGUACCCCCUACUCUUCUAUAUCGAAUAAGGGGUGAAAAUGAAUUUGGCUUAAGUGCACCACUUGUGACAAGAAUUGAACCACCUGGUUAUUCUGUAUAUGAAUCCAAACCUGGGUUCGAGCAUCCAAAACUAAGCUCCGGUCGCCUUGAAACUCGUCUACUACCAAUGUCAUCAGAAUUUCAACUGCCUCAGAUUGAAUUACGCUGGCCGCCUCUUGCUCCAGAAUACAGACGACAAACUUUCCCAUCAUCGGCUGAUCACCGACCUAUAACCCCUCUCGUAACACCAGAUAUAAGUUACCUUGUUCAAGUUAGAAAAGCUGAAGACAUUGGAUGGCAGACAUUAGCCACUUUACCAUACGGUCAUGAAACAUUUAUUUAUCACCCCAAAGUAGAAAAAGUACCUCAUAGACCACGGUCUAGUUUGGCCUCAGUCUACAGACUAGAAGAUAGACCAAUAUUUGAAGCUUACCAGUUCCGUGUAGCUCCAAGAAGUCAUUUCGGUGUUGGGAGAUUCAUAGAAUCGGAUGUGGUCAGCUGGAGUCCGUCUCAUUUGCAAGCUGGUGAUUAUAGAACAGUAAGCUUACCGGGACCUAUUUCAAUGGAACUUAUGGUUCCAUCUGUCCCUCAGCCAAUAAUACCUUCUCCUGAGCGUUUCCACUUGGUUGAUGUGUCUACCGAGUCAGCUGGUGAACGUAUGCAAAACAGAUUGGGAAGUGUAACACUAUCCUGGCAUCCUCCAGCGGGUAUGUCUUCUACCUUACGCUCCACUACAGAUUUUGUCGUUGAAUCAUGGCGUCCAGACAAACAAGAAUGGUGGCCGAUAGCACGACGACCAGCUGCUAUCAGUGCUGAAUCUGUACCGGGUAGAUAUGAAAUAACCGUCGAUCGCUUACCACUCGGACAAACUUAUCAUUUUCGCGUUCUAACGGAAACAAAAGAUGGUCGAAGUGAACCAGUUAUUCUUCCACAACCUGUUUUCAUGCCACAAGUAGAUAAAGAAAAGAAAGCGAAACCAGCUCCACCUUCUCAUCUCAGAGUGUCAUUAUUAACUGGCAGUACAAAAGGUGCUUUGUUAACAUGGCUUCCACCAUCAACAGUAACAUUCUCAGGUCGACGUAGCAGUUUGUCAUUACGUUGUCCUCCAACUGGAUAUAUAUUAGAAUAUUGUACAUUACCAUCCACAGGAAAUGAACCAACUACUUGGAAACGUUUGGCAGUAUUUGAUGCUUGGGAAACAUCUUAUCAAACAACUGAUUUACAACAUGAAACUAGAUAUCUAUUUCGUAUAAUGUCUCGUGGACAGAUCACUGAUUCACCACGUUCUGUAACACCAUCAAGGCUUGGAAAAAUUAGUCGAACUACAAUUGAUUCAAGCGUUCUUAGCGAACCAAUCCAUUCAGAAAUAUUUGAAAUGCCGAGAAAAACAAUUACUGUACCAAAAUUAACCGGUGAUUUAACAGUGAAAUCAACAACCAGUUUAUCUUCACUCUCACCAUCGGUUUCUUUACACUGGCAACCAAUUGACGAACCAUUAACAGGAUAUAUAGUAGAUUUAUAUGAUUUAAAAGAACCAACUGGUUGGAGAACAAUUACACGGAUUGAUACAACUGAAAUACGUCAUCCUUUCCAUGGUGUUACAGUAACAGGUCUUCUACCAGAUCAUUCUUAUCGAUUCCGUGUUAUACCAUAUAAAGAUGAUUUAUUUGGUCGACCAUUAGAAACUUUGAAAGCUUAUACUGUUCCAAAAGCAGUAGGACAUGAGGAUGGUGAUUAUGAAUCAUUAAUUAUUCCUCCACCUAGGGGACCAUUAUACGUGGAAGCGGUCAGUGGUGGUGUUUAUCGUUUAAGGUGGCAACCAGUGCAACUAAGAGGAUUAACUGACAUUAUGCAUAGACGUAAAUUAGAUGAGGAAAUUGAAUAUAUUAUUGAACAACAAACACCGAAUCGAAGAUUUUGGUUCGAAGUUGGCCGGACUCGUCUUACUGAUUAUGUAUUACCGAUUAACAGUGCUACAGUUAGAUUUCGUAUACGCUCAUCAUUAGCUGAUAUUUCGUCAAGUAUCGACAAACACACUAACUAUUCACUUUCAUAUGAUGGUCUCCUCUCCGAAUGGAUUCAUACAUUAGAUGACAGUUUACAGUACGAAAAUGUACCUCACAUUGGGAGUCCGAAGAGACGAUUAUCUAGUGAUGAAGUUUUUGACAUUGGUCGAAUUGUCCCUGAUGGAUUACGCGUUCUUCAUGUUGGUCCAACUUCUGCCUUACUAGGAUGGAAUUCUCUUAAAAUAGAUGAGGAUACAUUACAACCAUACUAUCUCAUUUUAGAACGACGCAUCAUUAAUAAGUACAAACCAAGUAUUUGGGAGCCUGUAGCAAGAAUUCGCACUUCUGAUACAUCAUACGAAGUACAUGGUUUAUCUUCUGGUACAACAUAUGAUUUUCGCCUUGUUGGAAUUGAAGAAUCAACUAAAACUCGAAGUACAAAACAUUGUCAACUUUCAAAACCAUUUACAACUCUUGGACAAAUUGAUUCACUUGAAGAUGAUAUGAAAAUAUUUUGGAUUGAUCAACCAAGAUCAUUUAAUGCUAUUAGUAAAAUUGAUGGAACACAAGAAGGUAUUAUGUUAACAUGGAAAUCACCUGAAAUGCCUAAUCGUUUAAAUGAGAAAUUACUUUAUAGAAUUGAAGUAAGAGGUUUUAAUUUUUCAGGUGAACCAAUUACUAAUUGGACUAAAGUUAUUUCAGAAUUAAAAACAACACAAUAUUUUAUUAGUUAUAAUAAAUUAGAUAAUUUAUUUAGUCAAUCAUCUAAUUAUCAAUCUAGUAGUAUAUCAUCUAUAACUAGAAGAAGACAUAUAAGAUCAAUUGAUUUUGAUCAACAACAAUGGCAAUUUCGUGUAUUCGCUGAAUUGGAUAAUAAACAAAGUUUACCAGCUGUUACAAUAACACCAAUCACAUUAAUUCCUCAAGCCAAACGAAGUCCAUUACGUUUCAUCAAUUUGCGAGAUGAUCGCAUUAUUUAUGCUGUUCGUGGGCAAAAAUUAGUUUUGUCUGUAGAAGUUGAAGGAGAACCGAAACCAAAUGUCUUUUGGUAUUUAAAUCACAUACAAAUAGAUGAAAAAAUAUUACCUGGUUGUCGUGUGGCUCAAAUUGGCGUCGGUAUUUAUGAAUUAACUAUUGAACAAGUACAACCAAGUCAUGCUGGUUUCUUAGAAUGUCGUGUAUGGAAUAUUUAUGAGUCAAUAUCAGAAACAUGGGAAUUGAUAGUUUCAGCGGUGCCACGAUUCUGCCGACUUGGAUGGGCUGCACAACCUCAUGAAUAUGAAUUAAGACAUGGAGACAGCUGGUAUCUACGUGUUCCAUUAGAAGGUUUAGACUAUAUACAAGACCGUGAUUGGAUUACAAAAGUUUGGUUCGAACGUUUAAGUCAUUUGACUCCUGGUCUUUCAGUUGAACCGUUGGAAAAUCGUGUUCGAAUAAAUCUAUCAUCUGGUUACCGUUGGGUUGAAGUGGUUGUUGACAAAUUAAAUCUAGCUGAUAGCGGAUUAUAUCGACUAUGGAUACAGAAUCAAGCUGGUCGAGAUUACAUCGAUUUGCGUUUACGUAUUGCUGAUAAACCUUGUGCUACACUACAGAAACCUCGAGUAAAACCACAUGGACCUGGAACAUUACUUAUAGAAUGGACUCCACCUCUGAUUACUGAUCGUUUAGAAUCUUUAGUUAAAUUUACUGGUUAUCGGGUAGAGUAUCGUCGUGAUGAACCUGGAGAAGAUUGGUUCCUUCUUGGUACUACAUCUGCUGAUCAAACUUAUUUUAUUGCGCGCAGUCAAUUAAGAAGAGGUGUAAAUUAUCGUUUCAGAGUACGAUUAGAAAAUUGGCAUGGAUUAGGACCAGCUAGUGAUGCAUCAGAACCAGCACAAUUACCAGUACAUCGGCUUACAGAAGUUUUGGAUCUUAAUGAUAUGGAAUUCCGUCAUUAUACAGAUGGAUCAUUCGAUUCACGAUAUGACAUUAUUGAAGAGUUAGCUCGUACUAGAAAUUCUGGUCUUUAUAGACUUGCUGAACGCUCAACUGGUCGUUAUUGGUUAGGUACUAUUAUAGAUACAAGUCCAUCUACAUUGACUAAACGUCCAGUUAGUGCUUUAGGUAAACGCGACAUCAGCUAUCCAGAAUUACCUUCGCGUCCAGUUAGUGUUUUGGAAACUGAACGCCCUGUUCGUAGACGUGCUUCUUAUGAUAUAUCAAAGUAUACAACUAGACAUGAUAUUACUGACUGGGAACAAGAGAAAGCCGAACGUGAACUGAAACUACUUUCGCGUAUCCAACAAGAAAACUUUGCACAUCUACAUGAAGCUUACACAGAAGCUAAACGUACUAUUUGUGUAAUGGAAGAUGUUACAUCUGGUGAUACAUUAUGGCAUCAAUUAGGCCGACGUAUUACAGUAACUGAGCAUAAAGCAGCGGAUAUAUUACGUCAGUUAUUAGAUUUAACUGCACAAAUACACAAAAGUGGUGGUGUACAUCUUGGUUUACAACCAGAAAAUAUCUUCUUUACUGAUCAAUCUAGACAGCGGAUUGCAUUGGCUGAUCUAGGACAAACGCAUGCUUCAACUGUUGAUAAACCUGUUCGUUUAUCAUUUCGUUCUAUGGUAUAUAUUCCACCAGAAUUAACUAAUGCUAUGCCAAUUAGUAAAUCGGCACGAGUUGGUCAAUCUGCUGAUAUGUGGUCAUUAGGUCUAUUACUUUAUCAAAUGACUACUGGUGAUACAGAAGGGCCACCUGAACCAGAGAAACUUGAAAAGAUGCAUUAUUCUCCAAAAAUGGUUGAUUUUACUAAACGUUUACUAUAUAGUGAUCCAAAACAACGGAUGACAGUUCAUCAAGCUUUGGAACAUCCAUGGAUAACAAGUAUGACUAGUAAAAAAUAUGAUACAAUUGAACGAGAAGAAAAAGAGGAUCACUUCAAAUCUGUUUCUUCAUCAAGACAAUAUUCAUCAAAUCUAUCUAAGAAUUAUGAAUCACAAAUACAAGAUGAAAUUCUAGAAGAUGAUAUUGCUGAACGAAUAAAUAAACGUGCAUAUACAAGAUUAUUACGUUGGUUAGAUGCCAGUUAUGUAAAUGACACUGAUGAUAUUGAUACAAAUGAUACAUCAACUAUUCGUAAAUUGUCAAGAGUUGGAUCUAUUCAUGAUUCAUAUCAUCGUUAUUAUUAUGAUUAUCAAACAUCAUCAUCUAAAGAAUCUGAAGAAAUUGUUGUACAUGCAAGAAUUACACCACGUGGUCAAGCACCAGAAAUAUUAACACCUAUGGGUUCAGUAAGUGCUCCAGAAGGUAGUACAACAAUGUUACGUUGUGCUGUUUAUUUACCGAAAAUAAAAAAAUCAUCACACCUUACAGAUCAAUUGAGUGAUUUACAAAUUUGUUGGUCAUUAAAUGGUCGUGAAUUAAAUAUUGGUUGUCCGUUACCAUCAUUAAAAACUCCUACGACACAACAUUAUGUAUGUACAUAUGAUACUGAAACAGGUGAUAUUAAACUUCAUAUCAAUGAUGUUACAGUAUAUGAUGCUGGAACAUAUGAAGUUACUAUUAUUGGUCGAUAUGGUCAAGUAUCUGAUUCAGCAAAUUUGAAAGUUUAUGAAUCAACAACUCAACGUUCAACUAUUAAUUCUGAUUUAUAUGUAACAAGUGAAUUAGGUGCACGUAUUCUAUUACCAUUAGUUGAUAUGACAUGUACAACUGGUGGUAAGAUUCAAAUGAAAGCUAAAGUUUGUGGAAUACCAGUUCCUCGAUGUACAUGGUUACAUAAUGGUAUCCCAUUAACAGCUUCAUCACGUAGACGUUUCUAUCAAGAAGAUAUGAAUGGUACAUCAUCAUCAUCAUCAUCAGAAUUAAUGCUAAAACUUGAAAUAUCUGAAAUUACUACAGCUGAUGCCGGACUUUAUUCUUUAGUAGCUACUAAUAAAUAUGGAUCACAAACAUGUUCAGCUGUUAUUGAAGUAUUUGCUUCUCUUGAGGAUGGUUCAGAAGCACCACAUUUUCUUAAAGAAUUAACAAGUAUUACUGUUGUUGAAGGGAGUGCUGCUCGUUUUGAAACAUGUGCACGUGGCCAACCUGCACCAACUGUACGUUGGCUUAAAGAUGGUAAACCAUUAUUAACAGAUGGUAUACGUUUAUGUGUAUCACAAACAUCAACUGAAAGAUCUGGCACUAAUACAUCUAGUCAUACACUUUUAGUUAAAGAUGCUAUACCACGUGAUAGUGGAACAUAUACAUGUAUCGCAACAAGUUCAUCAGGUACUGCUAUCACUGAAGCAGCAUUACAUGUUCGUGGUUUAUUCGGUCGUGGAGGUCAUAUUGGUUCAGAUACAGUUAAUAGUGGUGGUAUUCGACAUCGUCAUCCUGAAUUCACUCGUCGUUUACGUAAUCAACAAGUUGAUUUUGGCAGUACUAUACGAUUAGCUGCAUCAGUAUUAGCUCAACCAUCAGCUACAGUGGUUUGGCAAAAGGAUGGUAUAGAAAUUUUAACUGAUCCAUCGGAUGAUCCAAGAAUUACUGCUAAAAAUCAUAGCGGUCAUCUAGAAUUACGUAUUGAAAAUGUAUGCAAAGAUGAUUUAGGUCAAUAUACAGUGAUUGCAUAUAAUUCUGCUGGUGAAGCUCGUUGUUCAUGCAUUCUACAAGGUACAACUAAAAUGGAAAUACAAGUGCCUAAAUUCACUAAAGAACUUCGAGAUUAUACAAUAUCAGAAGGUACUAAUUUAUGUUUAGAAACCAUAGCAAUCGGUGAACCAAUACCUGAAUUUAAAUGGGAAAAAGAUGGUUUUGAAAUUCUUCCUGAUGAAUAUGGUCCACCACGUAUCACACCUGGGACAAAUGGUAGUGGUUUAGCUUAUUUACGCAUUCACAAUGUUCGUAGUUCAGAUGCAGGUUUGUAUCGUUGCAUUGCAUAUAAUAGAUUUGGUCGUGAAAGAACAACUUGUAUUGUUCAUGUGGAAUCAACUAAACAAAAAGGUGUACAUCGAUCAGAUAUGAGGAAUGGAUCAUUUACUUCGAAAAAAGACACAGACUCUUCUUUAGCACUGUUAUCUGAAAAUGGUAUCAAAGCAUCACCAAGGGAUCAUUCAGAUUCACCCAAAUUAACUGGAUAUAUUAAUGUGUUACGUCCAUUGCCUAAAACUAUUGAAGUUGAAGAAGGCAGUCCUAUUGAACUAACAUGUCGUGUUGAUACAAAUUUACAUUACAUUCCUACAUGGAGUAAAUCAGGUCGAACUUUAACAUAUGAUGGUCGUAGAAGAAUUACUCGUAGUAAAGAUGGUGAACUUACAUUAGCUAUUGAUCAAGUAAUGUCUCAUGAUGAAGGAUCAUAUACAUUGACAUUAGAAGCUUCUGAUGCAAAUGCACCGAAAAAUCUAGAACCAAUUGUACUUUCUACACGUGUUCAAAUUAAAUCAAAACAAAGACCACGUUAUGAUGCAGUUUCACGUGGAUCAUCUCGUGCUAAUUCUCGAGCAACAAGUGUUUCAAAUGGUCGAACUUCUAAAGAACCAUAAUAUCAAUCAAUUAUAAACAAAGAUAAAUGUUUACAAGACAAUAUAAAUUACAUUAACUAUGUAUUCAUAUAAGAUAUUUGUUUGUGUAUUUUUAGUCAUCUAAGAUAUUUUGACCUAUACAAAUAAUUUUGAUCUUGUUUCCAUAACAACAGUUCAUGUUAUCGAUGAUGAUCAUGAGAAUGACUAGGAUUAAACUGCUUCUAGAUUUAACCUUUUUUUUUCAAAAUAAACGAUUGUAUGUAACAUGACAAACAAUUAUGCAAUUAGAAAUCUUCAACAUUUCGAAAGUUUCGUAUUCACAUCUAUAUCGACUUCAUGAAGAUUAUGUACUUGUUUGUCUAUAUAUUAAUUUCUGUUAAAACUUGAUUAAACUUGAUGUAUGAAAAAUAUAAUAUUCGUUUCUUUUACUUUGUCUAAUAUAAAUCAAUUUUUUGUUGCUGUACACAUCCCCCUUUAAGUAUUAACUAUUAUGAAUACUACUACUGGUACUACUACUACUGCCACUGAUACCAAUGCUACCCCUAUUGCUACCAUUUUAUCUAAUUAUCACUUAAUGAUAAGUUCAUUUAUUAGUUUACAACAAUCUAUGUGUAAGAAUAUCCCUUUUUUGAGUAUAUCACAUUUCAUUAAAAAUACCCUGAUUCCCCUCUUCCACCUCCCCCUCCCCGAAAAAAUUUAUUUCAUUCAUCCUUUUAUAACUUAUUAAUUUAGAUAAUGUUAUUUUAAAGAGAGAAACGAAUGCAACUCUACCAAAAAAAGGAAAAGAUUCUUGUAUUUCCAAUGAAAAACACAUUACGAUUAGUUUCAUUUAUAACUAAGUAACUAUAAUCAGAAUAUUUAUCAAGUUUAUCCAUGAAUUUGUUUGUUAUUCUUUCCCCCUUAACUUUUAUUGGUAAUUAUUACACAUCCUUAUAUACUACUGAUUUGAAUUAUUUAAUUAACCAAUUAAUAAAAUGUUUAAAUAAAUCACUUGAUAAUUAAUUGACUAUUUACUUUUUCAUUCAGAUCAAUUUGGUAGACAAAGUAAGUGUUCAUGUUUACAGAUGAUUGUAGUGUUCUCUAAGCUAACUAGUUUAAUUGUGAUCAUUGUAAAUCAUUUAGUGUUUAUCAGUAAUCAUUCAUUGUAACAUUUUGUCGUUUCUGCUUUACUCAAUUAUUUACCAUCCUGUUGGACAGUUGAUUCAUGAGUUUGUAUGUAAUACUUGUUAGUAGAAUAUGCUAAGCGUUUCGUAUAUCCCGACAGCGGAAAACGUGUUGUAGUUGUAUGAUUCUGAAGAAGCAACUACCUCCCCCCCUCCAGAUCCUUAUUCUGAGUAACAAAUAUUCUUAAUUAUCUCGACAUGAAAGCCUGAUUGGGUAAAUAAUUUUCAGAAAGUUACAAUCUAUCUAUGUUAUUAAAGUUAUUUUAAUUGAAUUAAUCCCAAGCCUAUUACUUGUAAUGUAAAGGAGUGAAUAAAUCAAACUCCGAAGUAGUUCAC